AUGAAGCACGAGCACCACCACCAGUCAGUCUACACCACUGCGCACACGCCCAUUGUUACUAUGACAACUAGCGUAGCCAUGUCAGCAAACGACUGCUGUCUGAACACACACGUCAAAUUUGUCAGUAUUCCAAAACGGAUUUGAAAAACCAAAACUGAUUUGAGCAUUAAGGCCUGCGGCGUGAGCAAGGCUUAAGUCGACCUCCAAUGUCCCACCUGCUAAAACCACCCCCCAUACCAGAAAGGUCUGUUGUCCCUCAGACCACCUCCUUACCCGUGACGUGCAUUUUGCGUCCUUAACUGACUUUCAAUGGCCGAUUUUUGCCGUAGCUCAGAAUGAAAUAGGGACUGUCCCAUGAAAAACCUGAAUCAAUGCUGCCAUCCCUCAAGCGCCCAGCCAAAUACCCUAUGGGCCUUUGGCAUGUCCAUGAGAGGCGUGUCCUAAUUUAACAUUAGCCACAUAUCAGACAAAAAAAGAAAAACUAACAUAGAAAUGAAAAUCGAAGGGAACAGAAAGAGACAAACCAGAGAAAAAUAACUUAAGUAGUCUGCGGCCAAUAUGACCUAAAAACAGAUACCCAUAUAACACAAAACUUGGAACAUAAUGUAAAAUGAUACUAAUAUCUAGUAAUAGCAACAGUGAUGACAAUAAUAAUCAUUCUAAUAAGUCAAUACAAAGUUAAAAAAAUAAUAUAAUAAAUGCUCAAUAAAAAACAAAAACAGUCUAACAGCUAUUAGCAAGUUACCAAGAUUCUACCUGCGAUCUUCACCAUUAGCAGUGUUGACAAUGAUAAUAGUAAUAAUGAUAGUAAUAUAAAUCAUCUCCAUCACCGACGGCAUCGAUAACACCGUCAACACCCAAUCACUACCAGAUCCCACCAAUUAUACAAUUGUGAUCCACACUAUUUAAUGAUAAUGAUGAUAAUAGUAUUAAUACUAGACUGAACUCUAAGAACACACUCACACAUACUUACACACACAGUGCAUUCAGAAAACAUUUUGUUACGUUAUUCUUAUUCUAAAAUGGAUUAAAUAAAAAUCCUCAUCAAUCUACACACUAUAAUGACAAAGUGAAAACUGGUUUUUAGAAAUGUUUGCAAAUGUAUUAAAAAUAAAAACAGAUACUUUUAUUUACAUAAAUAUUCAGACCCUUUGCUAUGAGAUUCUAAAUUGAAGUUUGGAACCACCAAGACCAUUCCUAAAGCUGGCCGCCCGGCCAAACUGCGCAAUCGGUGGAGAAGGGCCUUGGUCAGGGAGGUGACCCAAGAACCCGACGGUCACUCUGACAGCGUUCCUCUGAAGAUGGGAGAACCUUCCAGAAGGACAACCAUCUCUGCAGCACUCCACCAAUCAAGCCGUUAUGGUAGUGGCCGAACGUAAGCCACUGCUCAGUAAAAGGAACAUGACAGCCCACUUGGAGUUUACCAAAAGGCACCUAAAGGACUCUCAGACCAUGAGAAACAAGAUUCCCUGGUCUGAUGAAACCAAGAUUGAACUCGUUGGCCUGAAUGCCAAGCGUCACGUCUGGAGGAAACCUGGCACCAUCCCUACGGUGAAGCGUGGUGGUGGCCGCAUCAUGCUGUAGGGAUGUUUUUCAGCGGCAGGGAUUGGGAGAAUAGUCAGGAUCGAGGGAAAGAUGAACGGAGCAAAGUACAGAGCGAUCCUUGAUGAAAACCUGCUCCAGAGCACUCAUGACCUCAGACCGGGGUGAAGGUUCACCAUCCAACAGGACAACGACCAUAAGCACACAACCAAGACAACGCAGGAGUGGCUGCGGGACAAGUCUCAAUGUCCUUGAGUGGCCCAGCCAGUGCCCGGACUUGAACCAGAUCGAACAUCUCUGGAGAGACCUGAAAAUAGCUGUGCAACGAUGCUCCCCAUCAAACCUGACAGAGCUUGAGACGAUCUGCAGAGAAGAAUGGGAGACCAAAUACAGGUGUGCCAAGCUUUUAGCGUCAAACCCAAGAAGAUUCGAGGCUGUAAUUGCUGCCAAAGGUGCUUCAACAAAGUACUGAGGAAAGGGUCUGAAUACUGAAUAUAAAAUGUGGAAAAAGUCACAUUUUAUAUUCACACAGACGAGAUGUGUCCCAUUUAUGUCUGUCGAAAACCAAACACUUCUUUCCACAGUAAGAACCUCAUUCCAACGGUCAAGCAUGGUGGUGGUAGUGUGAUAGUAUGGGGAUGCUUUGCUACCUCAGGACCUGGACAUCUUAACUUAAUAGAAGGAACCAUGAAUUCUGCUCUGUAUCAGAGAAUUCUACAGGAGUAUGUCAGGCCAUCUGUCUGUGAGCUGAAGCGCAGCUGGGUCAUGCAGCAAGACAAUGCUCCAAUACACAAAUCUACAUGAAAGUGGUUAAAAAGCAACACAUCUGAAGUUUUGGAAUAGCCUAGUCAAAGUCCAGACUUAAUCCCAAUUGAGAUGUUGUGGCAGGACUUGAAACGAGUUGUUCAUGCUUGAAAACAAACGUUUUGCUGAGUUAAAACUGUUCUGCAUGCAAGAGUGGGCCAAAAUUCCUCCACAGCGAUGUGAGACUGAUCAACAACUACAGCAAGCAUUUGGUUGCAGUCAUUGCAGCUAAAGGUGGCACAACCAGUUAUUGAGUGUAAGGGGGCAAUUACUUUUUCACAAAGGGGAAUUGGGUGUUGUGUAACUUUUAGUUAACCAAAAAAAUUGAUACUUAUUUAAUUUAAUUAUUUGUAUACUCCGGUUCCCUUUAUCUAAUAUUAGGUUUUGGUUGAAGAUCUGUAACAUUCAGUAUGAAAAAUAUGCAUAAAUUGAGAAUCAGAAAGGGGGCAAAUACUUCUUCACAGCACUGUAUAUAACAUGAUUUUUAAUCACAUCAAUAAUUAUUACUAUAUAGCUGCUGAUGAUAAUAACAAUGACAAUGGUAAUAAUAAUCUCAACAACAAUAUAAUACAUUUGAAAUUUGUAAUAAAACAAAUUAAUAUAUUUUCUAAAAUUGGUUUUAUGUGAAAUUUCAAAAAAUGAACUAGUGGUUCUCAAACCUCUCCUCGGGGACGCCCAGCCAUACCAUGUAUUUUAUAUGUUCCAGAGCUACUGUAGCACAACUGAUACAACUUAUCAACAAAUUAUCAAGCCCUCUGUGAAUCGGUGAGGUAGUUCAGGGCUACAACAAAAUUGUGACACGUUGGGUGGUCCCAGAGGAGAGGUUUGAGAACCACUAGCUUACGGCAUACAUUUGUACUUAAGUGUGUAAUAAAUAGUAUGUAUGUUGUAUGGUUAGUACGUUUAGUAAGCAGUUGGCCUGAACGAUUUCGGACAUAGCCAUAGCCUCCCCUCCUCUCUCAGCUGUGCCCUACUUCUGUCCCCCUCAGUAAGGCCAAGCACACUUUUAUACCCUGCGUGAGUAAUUACCUCUCUCUCCUCCUCUCCCCCCUGUCGCAGGAGCCUCCUGAAGAUGAGGCAAACAUUAUUGAGAAAAUCCUGUCGGUUCGAAACGUGAAGAAAGAGGUACGCCGCCCGACAUAAAAACACACACACUAGCAACAGGGUCUGUGUGGAUUAGCGACGUGUGUAUACUUUAUUUGAUAUUUUGUUUUUUUUCUUCUUCUUCUUUUGAGGCGUCCCCUGAGGAGACAACUGAGGAGUUGGAGGAGUUCUAUGUCAAGUACAGAAAUUUGUAAGUGUGCUUAGCUAGGUGGAAGACCCCAGUGACAUUAGUCUAUUUGAUAACAGAUCAAAUAGUGAGAUUCCUUUGAAUGAUAUUCUGGUGUAUGACAUGAGGUUAGAGCUCUUGAGGUUUUCAAAGCUGCACCCUUCAAAAUGAGCAUUUUCUCAUGUUUAGCUAUGUUCUACGACGUAUUUCCACGUUCUUAAAACCGGGGGGGGGGUUCUGCUAAGCUAUUAUAUGGAAUUGUUUUAAGAUAGUCAUUCCACUGACAAUUUUGGCUAUUUCAUUUUGAAAUGUAGAACCCUUGUAGGUAUAUAUUUUUUUUAUGAAACAUUGAAUUUGGCCUUUCUGCUGUUAGCCCAUAUAAACACAUUGAAGAAUACAUUCAUAGAUGGCAAAACAGAUAAAAAAAUCAAAAAAAGAUUACGUACAGACAUCAAAACACUAAAUGAGUUGAAAUUUUGAUGAUGACCUGCUCAAAAAAUAAGAACUAACAACAUGUAAGUAUUGUACCGACUAUUGCACUGCCCCCCCACCCAUUUUUCGCUGCUGCUACUAGUAGUACUUUCUAGUCACUUUAACACUACCACAUGUAAAUUACCUCAAUACUCAACUAGGGUGCCCCCGCACAUGACUCCAAACCCUGUAUAUAUAGCUCCCUACUGUCACUUUAUUUACUGUAAUAUCCUCCAUACUGUCAAUUUACUUCUGUCUUUUUUCUCAACCUUUUUUGUUGGUUUUUUCUACUUUUUUUUAUAAAAAUGCACUGUUGGUAAGGGCUGUAAUACAUUUACACAUGUCUGCACCUGUUGUACCGCAUGACCAUAAAAUUUUUUAUUGAUCCAAUCACACUUCUGUGAAUCAAAUAGUCCACUUAGGAAGCAACAUGAUUAACAACUAAAUUUUCACAUGCUGUUGUGCAAAUGAAUAGACAACAGUGGAAAAUUAUAGGCAAUUGAGCAAGACACCCCCAUAAAGAAGUGGUUCUGCAGGUGGUGACCACAGAACACAAGCUUCUCAGUUCCUAUUGCUUACCUUGGCUGAUGUUUGCGUCACUUUUGAAUCGAUGCCGGUGCUUUCACUUAGUGGUAGCAUGAGACGGAGUCUACAACCCACACAAGUGGCUCAGGUAGUGCAGCUCAUCCAGGAUGGCACAUCAAUGCGAGCUGUGGCAAGAAGGUUUGCUGUGUCUGUCAGCGUAGUGUCCAGAGCAUGGAGGCGCUACCAAGAGACAGGCCAGUACAUCAGGAGACGUGGUGGAGGCCGUAGGAGGGCAACAACCCAGCAGCAGGACCGCUACCUCCACCUUUGUGCAAGGAGGAGCAGGAGGAGCACUGCCAGAGCCCUGCAAAAUGACCUCCAGCAGGCCACAAAUGUGCAUGUGUCUGCUCAAACGGUCAGAAACAGACUCCAUGAGGGUGGUAUGAGGGCCCGACAUCCACAAGGUGGGGGUUGUGCUUACAGCCCAACACCGUGCAGGACGUUUGGCAUUUGCCAGAGAACACCAAGAUUGGCAAAUUCGCCACUGGCGCCCUGUGCUCUUCACGGAUGAAAGCAGGUUCACACUGAGCACAUGUGACAGACGUGACAGAGUCUGGAGACGCCGUGGAGAACGUUCUGCUGCCUGCAACAUCCUCCAGCAUGACCGGUUUGGCGGUGGGUCAGUCAUGGUGUGGGGUGGCAUUUCUUUGGGGGGCCGCACAGCCCUGCAUGUGCUCGCCAGAGGUAGCCUGACUGCCAUUAGGUACCAAGAUGAGAUCCUCAGACCCCUUGUGAGACCAUAUGCUGGUGCGGUUGGCCCUGGGUUCCUCCUAAUGCAAGACAAUGCUAGACCUCAUGUGGCUGGAGUGUGUCAGCAGUUCCUGCAAGAGGAAGGCAUUGAUGCUAUGGACUGGCCCGCCCGUUCCCCAGACCUGAAUCCAAUUGAGCACAUCUGGGACAUCAUGUCUCGCUCCAUCCACCAACGCCACGUUGCACCACAGACUGUCCAGGAGUUGGCGGAUGCUUUAGUCCAGGUCUGGGAGGAGAUCCCUCAGGAGACCAUCCGCCACCUCAUCAGGAGCAUGCCCAGGCGUUCUAGGGAGGUCAUACAGGCACGUGGAGGCCACACACACUACUGAGCCUCAUUUUGACUUGUUUUAAGGACAUUACAUCAAAGUUGGAUCAGCCUGUAGUGUGGUUUUCCACUUUAAUUUUGAGGGUGACUCCAAAUCCAGACCUCCAUGGGUUGAUACAUUUGAUUUCCAUUGAUAAUUUUUGUGUGAUUUUGUUGUCAGCACAUUCAACUAUGUAAAGAAAAAAGUAUUUAAUAAGAUUAUUUGAUUCAUUCAGAUCUAGGAUGUGUUGUUUAAGUGUUCCCUUUAUUUUUUUUGAGCAGUGUAUAUGUAUAUAUAUAUGUGUGUGUGUAUAUAUAUAUGUGUGUGUAUAUAUAUAUGUGUAUAUAUAUAUGUAUAUGUAUGUGUGUGUGUGUGUAUAUACAGUGAAGGAAAAAAGUAUUGGAUCCCCUGCUGAUUUUGUACGUUUGCCCACUGACAAAGACAUGAUCAGUCUAUAAUUUUAAUGGUAGGUUUAUUUGAACAGUGAGAGAGAAUAACAACAAAAUCCAGAAAAACGAGUGUCAAACAUGUUAUAAAUUGAUUUGCAUUUUAAUGAGGGAAAUAAGUAUUUGAUCCCUCUGCAAAACAUGACUUAGUACUUGGUGGCAAAACCCUUGUGGCAAUCACAGAGGUCAGACGUUUCUUGUAGUUGGCCACCAAGUUUGCACACAUCUCAGGAGGGAUUUUGUCCCACUCCUCUUUGCAGAUCUUCUCCAAGUCAUUAAGGUUUCGAGGCUGACGUUUGGCAACUCGAACCUUCAGCUCCCUCCGGCUAGGCCACUCCAGGACCUAAAUGUGCUUCUUCUUGAGCCACUCCUUUGAUGCCUUGGCCGUGUGUUUUGCGUCAUUGUCAUGCUGGAAUACCCAUCCACGACCCAUUUUCAAUGCCCUGGCUGAGGGGAGGAGAUUCUCACCCAAGAUUUGACGGUACAUGGCCCCGUCCAUCGUUCCUUUGAUGCGGUGAAGUUGUCCUGUCCCCUUAGCAGAAAAACACCCCCAAAGCAUAAUGUUUCCACCUCCAUGUUUGACGGUGGGGAUGGUGUUCUUGGGGUCUUAGGCAGCAUUCCUCCUCCACCAAUUGUUUUCUUGGUGACUAUGGUCCCAGCUGCCUUGAGAUCAUUGACAAGAUCCUCCCGUGUAGUUCUGGGCUGAUCAAUCACCGUUCUCAUGAUCAUUGCAACUCCACGAGGUGAGAUCUUGCAUGGAGCCCCAGGCCGAGGGAGUUUUUGUUUCUUCCAUUUGCGAAUAAUCGCACCAACUGUUGUCACCUUCUCACCAAGCUGCUUGGCGAUGGUCUUGUAGCCCAUUCCAGCCUUGUAGCCCAUUCCAGCCUUGUGUAGGUCUACAAUCUUGUCCCUGACAUCCUUGGAGAGCUCUUUGGUCUUGGCCAUGGUGGAGAGUUUGGAAUCUGAUUGAUUGAUUGCUUAGAGCAUAACGGAGAAUACCGUGUUCUAAAGAGUCAUCUUUCCAUAGAGGGGUCAUAUUUGUUUCUAGCCCAAAUUGUUCGGAUUCUGCAGACAUUUUCGUGAGAAUACUGAUUUUCAGGAUGUCUUAUGGUCUGACAAACACCGCUGUAGCUCUGUCACCUUCCACCGCAAAUGCAGAAGGCCGACAAUGGCAGAUGCGGUGGAUUGAGAGCCAUCUCUAUCUUAAACAGGGGGUUAAGUGUUUUAAUUAGGUUUACUUGUUGCAUUGUGUACUCUGCUUGAGAUGCUUGGAUAAACACUCAAGAUUGAUACUGUGUAGUGCUUUUGCAUCCUUUUGUCUAAUUACUCUUAUUUCAAUAAAGUUAAAGGCCAAUGUAUCCCCUUUUCCUCUUGAAUAUUUUUAUUGAACCAUCCUUCCACUUUUGCUCACAGCUCCUAUCUGCAUUGUAAAUGGGCGACAUUGGAGGAGUUGGAGAAGGACCCUCGCAUCCACCAAAAAAUCAAGCGCUUCAGGACUAAGCAGGCCCAAAUUAAGCACAUAUUCGUUGAGGUGAAGCUAGUCUUAUCUUACGUUCUUCUGAGAUAAUAUGAUUUUAUGUAUAUGAAAAUGAAAAUGUCAAAUGAAAAUGUACUGUAUGGCUACGCUUUGACAGUGGAUUUUAUUUGUAGUUGUGUACAUUUGUACUUGGCAUCAAACAAAUAUGUACACCAAUACAAAUAAAAAAACACUGUCCCAGCGUAGCCAUUCAAUACAUUUUCAUAUGACAUAAAAAAACCACAUUUAUAGCUACGUAAGGUAUCACAUGAAAUUGAUUAUAUUGAUUGAAGUCUACUCCUCCAUGUAGCCGAAUGAAGACCUCUUUAACCCUGACUACAUAGAAGUGGACCGAGUUCUGGAGGUGGCCAUCACUACAGACACAGAGACAGGAGAGGUGAGACAGGGAAAGCCAGUUACUCACCACAAGUGAGGGGCGUGUGUGUGUGUGUGUGUGUGUGUUUGGGAACGUGUGCUUCAGUCAGUGCAUCUGACUGGCUAAUUCUGGAUCUAUGUGUGUUUGACUGACUCAUUGACUGUCACUAUAUCUUGCUGUGUGUGUGUGCGCGUGCGUGCAUGUGUGUGUUUACAGGAGGUGACACACUACCUGGUUAAGUGGUGCUCCCUGUCCUAUGAGGAGGCUACAUGGGAGCUUCAGGAAGACGUGGACCCGGUAAAGAUUCGGGAGUUCGAGGAUAUCAAGAGAAUCCCUGAAUUCAAAUUUGUGGUGAGUGGGAAAGAGAAACUCCUUCCCCUGUAAUUUACAACACACAGGAAUGUGUCUGAAUUGUGUGUUCUGUUGUUGAUGAGUAGCUUUUGAGGUGUCAAUGUGUGUGAUUGUGAGUUGGUAAGGUAUUCUGUGCAUUUCUGUGUGCUCGCGCAGUGCGUGUACCUGUCCAGUCGACCUCAAUGUGUGUGUGAUGCUGUUAUUUGAGAUUGCCAAUCCCUGUGUGUGUGUGUGUGUGUGUGUGUGUGUGUGUGUGUGUGUGUGUACUCUGAGCAGGAAAGACCUCAGCCAGACAAGUGGCAGAAGCUGGACAAGUCCAAAGACUAUCGAAGCGGGAACCAGCUGAGAGAGUACCAGCUGGAGGGCAUGAACUGGCUGCUCUUCAACUGGUACAACAGGUAGGAAACCUGGGGCUCCUCCUCCCCCAAAUCUAUACAUAGUCCCCCCCCCCCCCAUGUAUAGUAGACUUACUGCCUUACUGCUCAGGUAGUAAUCCACCACUAAACACUUAUUGUAGAUAAACAAUCUGAUGGGUGAGGUACAGUAAUGUUCCUGAAUAUGUUUUUCUAAGGUUUUGAUCAGUAACCAUGGUCAAAUACUGUCGAUUUGGGGCCAGAUAGCACUGCAUUUUGCUUUGUGCUUGUGUUUUCCAAUAGGUAAUGUAGUUUUGUUUUGACUGUUGUAAUUUGGUUUAUUCUGAUUUGAUUGGAUGUUCUGGUCCUGAGGCUUCAGUGUUUUCGUAGAACAGGUUUGUGAACUCAGCCCCAGGACCAGCUGGAUGAGGGGACUUUGCUCAGCUCUUGGUAUUGUAGGGCUUAGUAAUGAUAUGAGAGUGGAUCACUGUAUUUUUUAAAAUUAUUAUUGGGUAUUGGCCUAAAUCUGCUCUGGACAUGUAGGAGAAUCUUACAGAACUCUGCAUGCAGGAUUUAAAUGGGGAGAUUGUCCCAUUGGGCGAAAUAUUGUUUUGCAAGUGGACCCCACAACUCGCUGCCAUAAAGUGCAAUUGGUUCAAUGACACAUUCAAUUUGUUUUAGCCAAAUUUGUAUAGGUAUUUCAGUUUGGAUUCAUUUUUAAUGCUGUAGAAUGCCCUGCGUGAUUUCUCUCUGUUCAUUCACCUCAUUUAGGUGUCCAGUUGAGCUUAUUUUAAACCUAAGUAAUUGUAGUGUGUGCAAUACUCUAUAUAUUUUGUACCAAUUGAGAACUUUGGUCUAAUUCCCUGAGAUCUGGAUCGUCUCUGGAAAAUCAUUAUUUUGGUUUUUUGGGGGUUUACUGCCCAGGCCCAGGUCUGGCAGUACUGCUCUAGCAGGUCCAGUCUCUGCUGUAGGCCAUGUGCUGUGGGUGACAGCAGGCACAGGUCAUCUGCGAAGAGCAGGCAUUUAACCUCUGAACUGUGGAGACUAACACCAUGGGCUGAGGAUUUUUCUAGAAUAGUGUCCAAUUCGUUGAUGUAAAUAUUGAAGAGCGCAGGGCUCAGAUUGCAACCCUGUCAAAGACCCCGCCCCUGGUUAAAUAAUUAUGUUAUUUUCUUGCCAAUUGUGAUGCUGCACGUAUUGCCAGUAUACAUUGACUUAAUUAUGUCAUGUUUUACCCCCUACACCACUUUCAAUGACUUUGUAGAACAGUCCUGUAUGCCAAAUAGAAUCAAAUGGUUUUUGGAAGUCGAUAAAGAAAGUGUAUAUUUUGGAAUUAUUUUAGUUUAUUGGUCGUGCAAUGUUUUGGUAUGAAUCCAAUUAGGCUUUUACUCACUACAUUGUGCUUAUUAACCUCUUCAAGCGUGAGAUCCAAAUAUAUAUAACGGUCGCCCCAGCCUGAGGUUUUUUUUUUUUUUAUGCGCAUGAUGUCAGAAUGUACUCACUGUUCCAAAAUGUGAUUGUUACACAACAGGACAGUUGACCCGCGCUGCCCUCAAAUCAAGACACAUGCUGCCUGCUAAUUAUCUGUAGGCUAUAUGUGACCAACCGCCUUGAUUCGGUCUUAUGUAGCAAAAUCCAGAGUGUUGGUGACUGUAACUGUGCUGCUGGCAACAAUUUAAUUAUUCUGCGCUCUGGCAUACUCAGACUGAAUUUACGAACGCACCUGAAAUGGUUACUUGCAUAGUAGAGUCUUUUUUAAGACAUGUAGCUGGCUAGAUAGGUAAACAAUGAAACUAGCUAGGUAAAAAAAGUGUCAAAGUCAAACCCUACACGUAACGUUAGCUAGCGAGCCAGCCAGCUAACAUUAGCUAGCUAGCUAAACAAUGAACCAUAAUCCCAACUCAUGACGUUACUACCCUGCAUGAAUCUACAGGUAGCUAACCAACCAGGUUCAAUAUUAGCAAGCAAAUGGCUCUGAGAUACGAAUAAUAAGAGAAUACACGUAACGUUAGCUAGCGAGCCAGCCAGAUAACGUUAGCUAGAUAGCUAACAGUACACUUUAACUUGAAAUGAAACCACUUUCUGCCAAAAUUAGAAAAUGUAGCUAGCUAGAUUAUUUUACCCGUAUACAUCAUGCAUGAUUGACGCGUCUCCCUGUCACGGAUGCCAUGGUUUCCCUUCAUUUGAAGAUGUAAUCUGGAGACAGGUGUUUUCUCCAUCUCGUUGGCUAUCAUACUCUAAUUCCACAGAUUUCAAAACUCGAUCCUCCAGAAAGUGGAGAGCAACACUUAUGCAGCUCCAAUACACGAUACAUUUAAAAAAGCUGCAUUAGACAGGAUUACCUACACAUACUGACCAGUUCAAAUAGACAAAGCGUGCUAUAUGGCAGACCAAUCCUCUCUCCUCUCUCGACAUGUCCAGCCCACUCAUUAUCUCAGUCAAUCAUGACUAGUGGCUCGUAAUUUAACAAUUGUAUUCAUAUUUACAGAUGCCAUACAAUUUUGUUAUUAAGGCACAUGAAAGUUCACAUGUUCCUGAAGGCAUUUGUGCCAGAAAACUAAUUUUGAUUAAAAAAAAGUUUACGUUCAAAUGGCUUUCCUGUGAGGUAGUGACCCGCGACAUAUGCCUAGUUUACUGAAACGAGUCACAUAUUUGAACUUGUCAAUUUGAAAUUAUUUUCUAACAGUUUGAAUUGAGGUGUGUUCCGCCUCCUCAGUAAUUCACAUAGAAUGUAGCCCAUUUCACUGUUGCGGACAAUUUAUGUUUGAGACUUUACUGAACCGGACAAAAUUCUCUCUUCGAUGAGAGCCCAAGCACCUCCCCCAGAUCAAGUAUGCAGACAUUUGCACAGUCUAGCACUAACUUUUUCCCCCUGGCACAUUUCCUGGCUGGUGCUCGCAUUGCCUUCAUUGUUGUUUUUCUUACGAAUUUUGGACGUGUGCGUUCCUCUCAAAGUAAAUGCCUUAUUUUCUGUAUAUCGUGUUGUCGUUUCUAUUGUAGUAUACCAUAUGUAUGUAUGUAGCAUAAUGUAUUUACUGUUUUAUUUACAUGCUUUCACGUACUGGUGAGAAAUAAUGCAUUCCGAUUCUUGCAUAGAUUGUAAUGGAAACACAUAUGAUGUGUGUAAAAUACUUUCUUGAAUGUUGAAAUUUAGAACGCUUACAUUUAUAAUACUACAGAAGUUCAUACAAAUGCCUCUGUAAUUGUUAGGGUCACUCACUCAAUCACACUGUCUCUCUCUUUCAUUCACUCUCACGCUGACUCUCACUCACUCUCUCACAUGCAGUAUGACUCACACACACACACACACCAGAUCAAAAACCCAAAACAUAUGUUAACACAUGGUGAAUAGCACAUGCUGCAAAAGCACGUGGUGCUUUUUUGGACAGUUAUCAUCCUAGAUAGACUACUAACACAUAUUGAAAUCAGGCAUGAUCAAAAGGGUAGAUCAGGUGUGCAAAGGAACUAUCGUGACAGAUUUAACAUGUAAUCUGUCAAGUCUGAGAUGGAGGGGAUGAAAUCUUCUGGUGCGGUGGUGGAUUAACUUUGCACUGCCAACCUGUGAAAUAGUUGCAUCCAAAACAUCAUUAGAUACCUCCAUGACAUGUUGUCAUUCAGUGCAGCUUGUAUUGUAUACAGGUGGGCUUCUUGGGAAGGUGCUGGGGAAUGGCUUUGGCAGAGGCUUUUUGACGGUUGGUACUUAUCUGUUACUUCAGUUCAGUACAGAUUUGAAAAUCUCAGCCCCCAAAAUCAAACCGAGUUGGCUGGCCAGCACACGUGAGAUUUGGUUCAAGGUUCGGAGAUUAUCUCUACUCUCCCUCAGCAGGCCACUAUGAUUAAGGUCACCCCCUCCCACCCCUUUUUGUUUUGUUUGAAAAUAUUUUUGUGAGUUUGACACCACAGUUUUCCCACCUCUUCCCGUACAGGAAGAACUGCAUCCUGGCUGACGAGAUGGGCCUGGGGAAGACCAUCCAGUCCAUCACCUUCCUCUUCGAGAUGUUCUCCAUGGGCCUGCGGGGACCCUUCCUCAUCAUCGCCCCCCUUUCCACCAUCACCAACUGGGAGAGGGAGUUCCGCACCUGGACGGAGAUCAACGUCAUCGUCUACCACGGCAGCCAGAUCAGCCGCCAGAUGAUCCACCAGUAUGAGAUGUACCACAAGGACCAGCAGGUGAGCCAACAUGGUCUGUGUGUGUGUGUGUGUGUGUGUGUGUGUGUGUGUGUGUGUGUGUGUGUGCGUGCGUGCGUGCGACAGUAGGCAGCUGUGAGAUGUAUCACAAGGCCCAGCAGGUGAGACAAUGGUGCGUGCAUGUGUGGGGUGUGAGACAGUAUGUUGGGCAGAUGCAGUGUGUGCAUGCAUACUAAAAUGCAAAGGUUCCUGAAGUGAGCCAUUGUAUGUGAAUGUAUGAAAUUGCACCACUGUGUAUGUACAGUGGGGAGAACAAGUAUUUGAUACACUGCCGAUUUUGCAGGUUUUCCUACUUACAAAGCGUGUAGAGGUCUGUCAUUUUUAUCAUAGGUACACUUCAACUGUGAGAGACGGAAUCUAAAAAAAAAUCCAGAAAAUCACAUUGUAUGAUUUUUAAGUAAUUAAUUUGCAUUGUAUUGCAUGACAUAAGUAUUUGAUACAUCAGAAAAGCAGAACUUAAUAUUUGGUACAGAAACCUUUGUUUGCAAUUUCAGAGAUCAUACAUUUCCUGUAGGUCUUGACCAGGUUUGCACACACUGCAGCAGGGAUUUUGGCCCACCCCUCCAUACAGACCUUCUCCAGAUCCUUCAGGUUUCGGGGCUGUCGCUGGGCAAUACGGACUUUCAGCUCCCUCCAAAGAUGUUCUAUUGGGUUCAGGUCUCGAGACUGGCUAGACCACUCCAGGACCUUGAGAUGCUUCUUACGGAGCCACUCCUUAGUUGCCCUGGCUAUGUGUUUCGGGUCGUUGUCAUGCUGGAAGACCCAGCCACGACCCAUCUUCAAUGCUCUUACUGAGGGAAGGAGGUUGUUGGCCAAGAUCUCGCGAUACAUGGCCCCAUCCAUCCUCCCCUCAAUACGGUGCAGUCGUCCUGUCCCCUUUGCAGAAAAGCAUCCCCAAAGAAUGAUGUUUCCACCUCCAUGCUUCACGUUUGGGAUGGUGUUCUUGGGGUUGUACUCAUCCUUCUUCUUCCUCCAAACACGGCGAGUGGAGUUUAGACCAAAGAGCUCUAUUUUUGUCUCAUGAGAGCACAUGACCUUCUCCCAUUCCUCCUCUGGAUCAUCCAGAUGGUCAUUGGCAAACUUCAGACGGGCCUGGACAUGCGCUGGCUUGAGCAGGGGGACCUUGCGUGCGCUGCAGGAUUUUAAUUCAUGACGGCGUAGUGUGUUACUAAUGGUUUUCUUUGAGACUGUGGUCUCAGCUCUCUUCAGGUCAUUGACCAGGUCCUGCCGUGUAGUUCUGGGCUGAUCCCUCACCUUCCUCAUGAUCAUUGAUGCCCCAUGAGGUGAGAUCUUGCAUGAAGCCCCAGACCGAGGGUGAUUGACCGUCGUCUUGAACUUCUUCCAUUUUCUAAUAAUUGCGCCAACAGUUGUUGCCUUCCCACCAAGCUGCUUGCCUAUUGUCCUGUAGCCCAUCCCAGCCUUGUGCAUGUCUACAAUUUUAUCCCUGAUGUCCUUACACAGCUCUCUGGUCUUGUGGGGAGGUUGGAGUCUGUUUGAUUGAGUGUUUGUACAGGUGUCUUUUAUACAGGUAACGAGUUCAAACCGGUGCAGUUAAUACAGGUAAUGAGUGGAGAACAGGAGGGCUUCUUAAAGAAAAACGAACAGGUCUGUGAGAGCCGGAAUUCUUACUGGUUGGUAGGUGAUCAAAUACUUAUGUCAUGCAAUAAAAUGCAAAUUAAUUACUUAAAAAUCAUACAAUGUGAUUUACAACAUCCCAAAUCAAAUUUUAUUGGUCACAUACACGUGUUUAGCAGAAGUUAUUGCGGGUGUAGCGAAAUGCUUGUGUUUCUAGCUCCGACUGUGCAGUACUAUCUAACAAUUUCACAACAUAUACCCAAUACACACAAAUCUAAGUAAAGCAAUGGAAUUAAGAAUAUAUGAAUAAAUAUAUGGACGAGCAAUGUCAGAGCGGCAUAAACUAAUAUAUAGUAGAAUAGUAUACAGUAUAUACAUAUGAGAUGAGUAAUGCAGGAUAUGUAAACAUUAAAGUGACUAGUGUUCCAUUUAUUAAAGUGGCCAGUGAUUUCUAUUCUUUGUAUAUAGGCAGCAGCCUCUAACGUGCUAGUGAAUGCUAUUUAACAGUCUGAUGGCCUUGAGAUAGCUGUUUUUCAGUCUCUCGGUCCCAGCUUUGAUGCACCUGUACUGACCUCAUUUUACAUUUACAUUUUAGUCAUUUAGCAGACUCUCUUAUCCAGAGCGACUUACAGUUAGUGAGUGCAUACAUAUAUAUUUUUUUAUACUGCCCCCCCGUAGGAAUCGAACCCACAACCCUGGCGUUGCGAACACCAUGCUCUACCAACUGAGCUACACCUCGCCUUCUGGAUCAGCAGGGUGAACAGGCAGUGUGGUUGUUGUCCUUGAUUAUCUUUUUGGCCUUCCUAUGACAUGGGUGCUGUAGGUGUCCUGGAGUGCUGGUAGUUUGCACCAAGUGAUGCGUUGGGCAGACCGCACCACCCUCUGGAGAGUCCUGCGGUUGCAGGCGGUCCAGUUGCCGUACCAGGCGGUGAUACAGCCCGACAGGAUGCUCACAAUUGUGCAUCUGUAAAGGUUUGUGAGGGUUUUAGGUGCCAAGCCACAUUUCUUAAGCCUCCUGAGGUUGAAGAGGCGCUGUUCAGCCUUCACCACACUGUCUGUGUGGGUGGACAUUUCAGUUUGUCAGUGAUAUGUACGCCGAGGAACUUGAAGCUUUCCACCUUCUCCACUGCUGUCCCGUCGAUGUGGAUAAAAGGGUGCUCCCUCUGCUGUUUCCUGAAGUCCACGAUCAUCUCCUAUGUUUGGUUGAUGUUGAGUGAGAGGUUAUUUUCCUGGCACCACACUCCCAGAGCCCCUACCUUCUCCCUUUAGGCUUACUCAUCAUUGUUGGUAAUCAAGCCUACUACUUUUGUGUCGUCUGCAAACUUGAUGAUUUAGUAGGAGGCGUGCUUGGCCACGCAGUCAUGGGUUAACAGGGAGUACAGGAGGGGGCUGAGCACGCACCCUUGUGGGGCCCCAGUGUUGAAGAUCAGCGAAGUGGAGGUGUUGUUUCCUACCUUCACCACCUGGGGGUGGCCCGUCAGGAAGUCCAGGACCCAAUUGCACAGGGCGGGGUUCAGACCCAGGGCCUCCACACAGCAUGAUGCUCCCACCACCAUGCUUCACCGUAGGGAUGGUGCCAGGUUUCAUCCAGACGUGACGCUUGACAUCAGGCCAAAGAGUUCAAUCUUGGUUUCAUCAGACCAAAGAAUCUUGUUUCUCAUGGUCUGAGAGUCCUUUAGGUGCCUUUUGGCAAACUCCAAGCGGGCUGUCAUGUGCCUUUUACUGAGGAGUGGCUUACGUCUGGCCACUCUACCAUAAUGGCCUGAUUGGUGGAGUGAUGCAGAGAUGGUUGUCCUUCUGGAAGGAUCUCCCAUGUCCACAGAGGAACUCUGGAGCUCUAUCAGUGACCAUCGGGUUCUUGGUCACCUCCCUGACCAUGGCCCUUCUCCCCCGAUUGCUCUAGGAAGGGUCUUGGUGGUUCCAAACUUCUUCCAUUUAAGAAUGAUGGAGGCCAUUGUGUUCUUGGGGACCUUCAAUGCUGCAGACAUGUUUUGGUACCCUUCCCCAGAUCUGUGCCUCGGCACAAUCCUGUCUCGGAGCUCUACGGACAAUUCCUUCGACGUGAUGGCUUGGUAUUUGCUCUGACAUGCACUGUCAGCUGUGGGACCUUAUAUAGAUAGGUGUGUGCCUUUCCAAAUCAUGUACAAUCAAAUGAAUUUACCACAAGUGGACUCCAAGUUGUAGAAACAUCUCAAGGAUGAUCAAUGGAAACAGGAGGUACCUGAGCUCAAUUUCGAGUCUCAUAGCAAACGGUCUGAAUAUUUAUGCAAUAAAACCUGUUUUCGCUUUGUUAUUAUGGGGUAUUGUGUGUAGAUUGAUGAAGGGGGGAAAAAACAAUUUAAUCAAUUUUAGAAUAAGGCUGUAACGAAAACAAAAUGUUGAAAAUGACUGAAUACUUUCCUAAUUCACUGUACUUCUAUUAAUUUUUUUAAACUGGUACAGGGACCUUCAGACUAGUCGUAUGUGGUUUGUGGGCAUCCUAGAGCAAAACAACCAACAUGUACGUGUUCUUGAGAGUCUCUCCUUUACUCAUAUUAGUGUGUAGCCCAAACUGAUCGGACACUACAGACAGAAGUUGACAGAUCGGUUCUACCGUCUUCAGACGAAUUCCAAGACGCUUGUGGGGUUCGUAGAGCAAAACGGAGACACCAUCGUGUUUGUGAGAGUCUCAUCUUUGGUUUGUGGGCCAAAAUGUUAGGACACUAAAUACGUUUUCGUGAGAAAACCGAUUUUCGGGAUGUGUCAUGGUCUGACAAACACCGUUCUAGCUCUGCCACCUUUUACCGCAGAUGUGGAAGUGCGGCAUUGGCUGAUGCGGUGGAUUGAGAUGCAUCCAAUGCAACAACAAAAAAACAUCUCUAGCUUAAACUGACAGAUUGUUAUGGAUUUUUUUUAUUAUGCUAAGUAGAUUUCCGCAGGGCCACGGAAAUCGACUCUAGGGGGUUAAACCCAGACUUGAACCACACACCCUCUCCAACGAAUAGCAGUCAGGGGAAGCAAAAUAUUGAUUGCUUUGCAACGCUCGCAGUUAGCCACUGAUUCCUUCCAAACCAUCCUUCCAAACCACUCAUUCGUCUUGUUGUGUAAUGUUAAUUUCCAAUGGCCGAUGAGCACCGAUACAUUUGAUCUGUAUUUUCUCUUCAUAUGCUAGCUAAGAUUUUGAAGUAUGAUAUUGACAUGAUCAGUACAAUCAAAGCUACAGUAGAUAUAAUGUGAUUUGACGUCAUUUUAUCUGUGUCCAAUGACCUUGAGCCUUCUUGGACAGGCACUUCUACUGUAAAUCUAUGGCAGCACCCAAAGGGGCUUGAACUGCCUUGCUCUCCCUGUAGAUUCCGCGGUGAUGUAGUGUCCCCAUGAGUGACAGAACACUGAGCCAAUCACGGUGCAACUAGAGAAGAUUACCAACGCCUACGCUCUGUGCUUUCGCUGGCUGCCCCGCCACCACAGAAAGCACUGAGCUAGGCUGAAACACCUGCUUUUUGGAGCUGCCUUACUCAAGAAAGAGACCAUGUUUGUAUGCGGCUUUAUUAAUUUUUUCUUCUACAUUGUUUGUAAUGGCCCGUCCCUUAAAAGGGCAACUGAAAAAUUCUCACCUAAUGAUUGUGCUUGAUUGAGCAUGGAUCACUCCUAAAAACCUUUAUUCAUUAACUUUAAUUAAUUUCUUAUCAUUUAAACACUCAAAUACUUUAAUUGUUCUCCUAAAUAUAUUUGUGUGCUUCAUUUCUACUUGUACUCCUUGUAAAAAAAUGUCAGCGUAGAGCCCUGAACUAUAAUAAAUAAGCCAUAUCACUCCGCCUUUUGUGGCAGGUUAGGCAUUUUGUUGAUUCUUGAUGUUCAGUUGUAGAACUGUUUCUGUUUUUACUAUUGUAUCUAAAUGAUUUAUUUUAACAUACAUUGGUUAAAAGAAGCAGGUCACAAAAAUGAAAUGAAAUUAAGAAAUGACUUCUUACUAGUAAUACAUUUAUUGUUUUAGAAAAACGAAGCAUGUUCAUCCGUAUUAGUUUUUUGGGGUUGUAAUUAUGGCGCAAAAUAUUUUGGCUGGUAAAGAAUCCUGAGUGGCUGGGAGAUUUUAAAAAUCUACCUGCCACAGUGGCUGGAGGACCAAAAAGUUAAUUUCCCACCCUUAUUAGAGAGUGCAGUGGAACCUGGCUACUAGUAUCUCGAGAAAUGUGUUUCCGUGGUACUGACAAUAUCUGCACUUCAUGCUUCUCGAGUGCUUUUAAGGAACUCAUGUUGAGGAGGUAGUCUCAAGGUAAGGUGUUUUGAAGUAAUGGAAGAGAGCUUUAAUGGAUGCGUAAUGCCCCUGACCCACUUCCAGCUCAGCCCCGAAUAAAUGUUACCUGAAUGUUUUGCUGCGGUAAAGGGGACACACAGAGUGCCGUGUGGCAGCAAGCACAAUUGCAGGUUUGAUUAUUGUCUUCUAACGUUACAAGAUAGAUCAACUUCACCGAAGAAUGCCUGGCAUUAUGGAAUGCACAUCAGGGAUAAUGAAUAUUACGCAUUUUGAUAUUUGAUCAGGGAGGACCGCAAUGUGUUGCCACUGCAAUUCUCUUGAUUUUACCAUGGUAGGAUUACACUUAUUUAGGACCAGAACUGUACUUACAUCUGCCCUCAUUGCGGACAAAUUCACAGCAUUCAUCAAAGUGUUUAAAUAAUUGCUCUAAAAAAGUGUUUAAGAAGUGUUAAAGCAUUCUCAAUUCCUUUUUUCCCCCAAUCUUUCCUUUUCUUCCACCUUUAUCUUUUUCUGUAUAUAGGGAAACAUAGUGUUGGGAGGGUACAAGUUCCACGGGGUGAUCACCACCUUUGAGAUGAUCAUGGCCGACUGCCCGGAGCUGAAGAAGAUCCACUGGCGCUGCGUGAUCAUCGACGAGGCCCACCGCCUCAAGAACCGCAAUUGUAAACUCCUGGAGGGCCUCAAGCUCAUGAACCUGGUGAGGGGGGUAGCUAGCUAACUCUCUUGACCGUCUGCAUUGUUCUUUGUAGUCAAUUCAGUGCAGCACCAGCCAAGGCUAAUAGUAGCAUGGAUGCCCUCCCUUGGCCCCGUGUAGCUCAGUUGGUAGAGCAUGGCGCUUGCAACGCCAGGGUUGUGGGUUCGUUUCCCACGGGGCGCCAGUAUGAAACAAAUAAAAAAUGUAUGCACUCACUAACUGUAAGUCGCUCUGGAUAAGAGCGUCUGUUAAAUGACUAAAAUGUAAAUGUCAAGAGGGAAGUACAGCAGAAAAAUCUAAUUGAAAUCAGCCAGACUAACGAGUGGGAUCGCUGAGUUGGAUGAUACAUACCAAGUUGUCUUUGAGUAUCAUGAAAAAAAAACUAUAAACCCUAACCCCUGUAGGAACACAAGGUCCUCCUGACAGGCACCCCCCUGCAGAACUCCGUGGAGGAGCUCUUCAGUCUGCUCAACUUCCUGGAGCCCCUACAGUUCCCCUCAGAGAGCCUCUUCCUGGAGGAGUUUGGAGAUCUGAAGACUGAGGAACAGGUGAUUUUCUCAGGGGGUACCCUUUUAGGGUUGAACAAAUCUGGGAAAAGGUGGGAAACUUUCCUUUGGAAUUAAUGGGAAUUUACAGGAAUGUAUAGGAAACUUGCCAUGUGAAAAUACAGGAAUCUAUGGGAAUGUUGAUUCUUCCUUAUACAGUUGAAGUCGGAAGUUUACAUACACUUAGGUUCGAGUCAUUAAAACUCGUUUUUCAACCACUCCACAAAUAUAUUUUUAACAAACUAUAGUUUUGGCAAGUCGGUUAGUACAUCUACUUUGUGCAUGACACAAGUAAUUUUUCCAACAAUUGUUUACAGAUUAUUUCACUUAUAAUUCACUGUAUCACAAUUCCAGUGGGUCAGAAGUUUACAUACACUAAGUUGACUGUGCCUUUAAACAGCUUGGAAAAUUCCAGAAAAUGAUGUCAUGACUUUAGAAGCUUCUGAUAGGCUAAUUGACAUCAUUUGAGUCAAUUGGAGGUGUACCUGUGGAUGUAUUUCAAGGCCUACCUUCAAACUCAGUGCCUCUAUGCUUGACAUCAUGGGAAAAUCAAAAGAAAUCAGCCAAGACCUCAGAAAAACAAUUGUAGACCUCCACAAGUCUGGUUCAUCCUUGGGAGCAAUUUCCAAACGCCUGAAGGCACCACGUUCAUCUGUACAAACAAUAGUACGCAAGUAUAAACACCAUGGGACCACGCAGCCGUCAUACCGCUCAGGAAGGAGACACGUUCUGUCUCCUAGAGAUGAACGUACUUUGGUGCGAAAAGUGCAAAUCAAUCCAAGAACAACAGCAAAGGACCUUGUGAAGAUGCUGGAGGAAACGGGUACAAAAGUAUCUAUAUCCACAGUAAAACGAGUCCUAUAUCGACAUAACCUGAAAGGCCUCUCAGAAAGGAAGAAGCCACUGCUCCAAAACCGCCAUAAAAAAGCCAGACUACGGUUUGCAACUGCACAUGGGGACAAAGAUUGUACUUUUUGGAGAAAUGUCCUCUGGUCUGAUGAAACAAAAAUAGAACUGUUUGGCCAUAAUGACCAUCAUUAUGUUUGGAGGAAAAAGGGUGUAGCUUGCAAGCCGAAGAACACCAUCCCAACCGUGAAGCACGGGGGUGGCAGCAUUAUGCUGUGGGGGUGCUUUGCUGCAGGAGGGACUGGUGCACUUCACAAAAUAGAUGGCAUCAUGAGGAAGGAAAAUAAUGUGGAUAUAUUGAAGCCAAAUCUCAAGACAUCAGUCAGGAAGUUAAAGCUUGGUUGCAAAUGGGUCAUCCAAAUGGACAAUGACCCCAAGCAUACUUCCAAAGUUGUGGAAAAAUGGCUUAAGGACAACAAAGUCAAGGUAUUGGAGUGGCCAUCACAAAGCCCUGACCUCAAUCCUAUCGAAAAUGUGUGGGCAGAACUGAAAAAGCGUGUGCGAGCAAGGAAGGCUACCCAAAAUCUUUGACCCAAGUUAAACAAUUUAAAGGCAAUGCUACCAAAUACUAAUUGAGUGUAUGCAAACUUCUGACCCACUGGGAAUGUGAUGAAAGAAAUAAAAGCUGAAAUAAAUCAUUCUCUACUAUUAUUCUGACAUUUCACAUUCUUAAAAUAUAGUGGUGAUCCUAACUGACCUAAAACAGGGAAUUUUUACUAGGAUUAAAUGUCAAGAAUUGUGAAAAACUGAGUUUAAAUGUAUUUGGCUAAGGUGUAUAUAAACUUCCGACUUCAACUGUAGAUACCCCUCAGCAAUUUCCUUUUAAGCAUUGUAUCAUACACUUAAUGACAGCUAAAAUCCUACUGACUAAAACAGAAAGCCUGCACUUUACAUCAUCAAGCAGUUGUUGAAUUCGUGUCGUUAUCAAAUUGUUGCAUCUGCAGAUAAUUUAAACAUUGUUAUGAAUAGCGCCACAGUAAGAUAUUGUUGUCUACGGCAAUUUUAUACAUUCUACAUUCAUUCUAAUAAUUUAGCAGACUAUCUUAUCCAGAGCGAAUUACAGGAACAAUUAAGGUUAAGUACCUUGCUCAAGGGCAUAUCGACAGAUUUUUAUUCACCUAGUCGGCUCGGAGAUUCGAACCAGCAACCUUUUGGUUACUGGCCCAACGCUGUUAACCGCUAUGCUACUUGCCGCUUGGUUGUCCAGCCCAGACUAAACAAACAAUUGUUUUGUCUGAGCCUAAACUAAACAUAUUGCUGUGUCUGUAGCUACACUAGAGGCUCAUUACUGCAGACCAUCCGAUCCUGACCUCCUCUGUCCUCUCCCCCAGGCUUGGGGUCAAUUUUAAUUUCAUUCAGUCAAUUAAGUACAUCCAGAAUUGACUGAAUUGGGAAUGGAAUUGACCCCAACCCUGCUCUCCUCUCCCCCAGGUGAAGAAGCUUCAGGCCAUCCUUAAGCCCAUGAUGCUGCGGCGGCUGAAGGACGACGUGGAGAAGAACCUGGCGCCCAAGGAGGAAACCAUCAUCGAGGUGGAGCUCACCAACAUGCAGAAGAAGUACUACCGGGCCAUCCUGGAGAAGAACUUCACCUUCCUGGCCAAGGGGGCCAACCAACACAACAUGCCCAACCUCAUCAACACCAUGAUGGAGCUACGCAAGUGCUGCAACCACCCCUACCUGAUCAAAGGUGACGUGUGGACAUCACACGUACACACACACGCUCUACAAAUGUUAAUAGUUCAUAAUAAAAUAUUAAUUGUAAAAUUAGUUGACGGCUGAACGAAUCUGUUAACACCUGUAUUCCUUCUAGCUUCCAGAGUCUUGUGGAGUCCUUUAUAUAAUUCCACUCUGACUUUAUAAGCAGCAUUAUGGAAAUGGCUUUAUACCUAUUUUCUCUGCCCUUUUUUCUCCCUUAUCUUCUCUGGACACGUCCAGGUGCGGAGGAGAAGAUCCUGGAUAGCUUCAGGAAAACGCACAGCCCUGAUGCCUGGGACUUCCAGCUCCAGGCCAUGAUCCAGGCGGCGGGGAAGCUGGUGCUUAUCGACAAGCUGCUGCCCAAGCUGAUUGCUGGCGGCCACAAGGUGCUGGUCUUCUCCCAGAUGGUGCGCUGCCUGGACAUCCUGGAGGACUACCUCAUCCAGAGGAGGUGAGGUUGGGGCUGAGGAUAGAGCGGGGCUGGGGAUGGGGCUGCUGGACUGGGCUCAAGCUCUGCUAUGUGUGCCCAGAUCACAAUCCCCCUCACCCUCUGCUCUAGUCUAAAAAGAGUCGGACCAAGACUGAAAUUGUGUUCAGUUUAUCAAGUAGGGAAAAAUAUAUGAUUUUGCUGGACAGUUCCAAGACCAACAGGAAAGGUGCGUGUGCGUAACAUAUUAAUGGCUGUCACUUUAUGACAUAAUGAUGAAUAGAUCUGUGUUAGAUACACAUUUUUACAGGAUAUCUAUGAUCCAUAGGGGAUUUUAUAUUUAUUAACUGAAAUUUACAGUGCAAGAGGUGACCAAGCAUUUUGAUUGGAGAUACAAUAUGAAUAUUGCAAGAUGUUUUAUUUUAUUUUUUAAACACAGUAUGAAUAUACAGUACCAGUCAAGAGUUUGGACACACCUACUCAUUCAAGGGUUUUUCUUUAUUUUUUACUAUUUUCUACAUUGUAGAAUGAUAGUGAAUACAUCAAAACUAUGAAAUAACACAUAUGGAAUCAUGUAGUAACCAAAAAAGUGUUAAACAAAUCAAAAUAUAUUUUAUAUGUGAGAUUCUUCAAAGUAGCCACCCUUUGCCUUGAUGACAGCUUUGCACACUCUUGGCAUUCUCUCAACCAGCUUCAUGAGGAAUGCUUUUCCAACAGUCUUGAAGGAGUUCCCACAUAUGCUGAGCACUUGUUGGCUGCUUUUCCUUCACUCUGCUGUCCAAACCAUUUCAAUUGGGUCGAGGUCGGGUGAUUGUGGAGGCCAGGUCAUCUGAUGCAGCACUCCAUCACUCUCUUCCUUGGUCAAAUAGCCCUUACACAUCCUGGAGGUGUGUUUUGGGUCAUUGUCCUGUUGAAAAACAAAUUAUAGUCCCACUAAGCGCAAACCACAUAGGAUAGCGUAUCACUGCAGAAUGCUGUGGUAGCCAUGCUGGUUAAGUGUGCCUUGAAUUCUAAAUAAAUCACAAACAGUGUCACCAGCAAAGCACCAUCACACCUCCUCCUCCAUGCUUCACGGUGGGAACCACACAUGCAGAGAUCAUCCUUUCACCUACUCUGCAACUCACAAAGACACGGCGGUUGGAACCAGAAAUCUCAAAUUUGGACUCAUCAGACCAAAGGACAGAUUUCCACCGGUCUAAUGUCCAUUGCUCGUGUUUCUUGGCCCAAGCAAGUCUCUUCUUAUUGGUGUCCUUUAGUAGUGGUUUCUUUGCAGCAAUUCCACCAUGAAGGCCUGAUUCACGCAGUCUCCUCUGAACAGUUGAUUUUGAGAUGAGUCUGUUACUUGAACUCUGUGAAGCAUUUAUUUGGGCUGCAAUCUGAGGUGCCGUUAACUCUAAUGAACUUAUCCUCUGCAGCAGAGGUAACUCUGGGUCUUCCUUUCCUGUGGCGGUCCUCAUGAGAGCCAGUUUCAUCAUGGUGCCGUAUGGUUUUUGCGACUGCACUUGAAGAAAGUUCUUGAAAUGUUCCGUAUUGACUGAACUUCAUGUCUUAAAGUAAUGAUGGACUGUCGUUUGUCUUUGCUCAUUUGAGCUGUUCUUGCCAUAAUAUGGACUUGAUCUUUUACCAAAUAGGGCUAUCUUCUGUAUAUCAACCCUACCUUGUCACAACACAACUGAUUGUCACAAAUGCAUUAAGAAGGAAAGAAGUUCCACAAAUUAACUUCUAACAAAGCACAACUGUUAAUUGAAAUACAUUCCAGGUGACUAUUUCAUGAAGCUGGUUGAGAGAAUGCAAAGCUGUCAUCAAUGCAUGAUGUUGGAGGGGCUCCAGAAAAAGCCGGUCCCACAUGUCCCCGCAGAUAAAAAGAGAUACUCAGAAUGCGGGCUAGAAAAUAAGGGGGAAGAGGCCUCGCGAAACGGUUUAAAUAUCUGUCACUCGUCACUCUGCCGAACAGAUGUGUUGCAUUAAUGAGAGAGAUUUUUUUUUAAACACAUUUAUGGUUACUACAUGAUUCCAUAUGUGUUAUUUCAUAGUUUUGAUGUCAAUGUAGAAAAUAGUAAAAAUAAAGAAAACCCUUGAAUUAGUAGGUGUCCAAACUUUUGUCUGGUACUGUAUGUUUAAAUACAUAGAGAAUUCGGGGGUUCCCCGACCAGUACUCAAACCUGGGGCCAGCGACUGUCAGCCCAACACCUUCACCGUUACGCCAAGAGAUCCGAAGCUCUUGAUGAGGUCGCUAGGUGUUCGGUUGAGGUUGCUACAGUAUGUUCAUAAGUUGUAUGUGUGGUUCUAGGUACACCUAUGAGCGCAUUGACGGCAGAGUACGGGGUAACCUGCGCCAGGCAGCGAUCGACAGAUUCUGUAAGGUGGACUCUGACCGCUUUGUGUUCCUGCUGUGUACCCGUGCUGGGGGCCUGGGCAUCAACCUGACCGCUGCAGACACCUGCAUCAUCUUCGACUCGGACUGGAACCCCCAGAACGACCUACAGGUUAGUCAACACAAAGUUCAGUACCACUUAGGUCCCGUUUUCCGGACCCUGAUUAAACCUAGUCCUGGACUAAGAAGUGUUAUACUCAUUUCCUGAUGUGGUUUCAUGUUGUCCUGUGUGGCUCAGUUGAUAGAGCAUGGCUCUUGCAAUGUCAGGAUUUUUGGUUCGAUUCCGGCUGGGGCCUCCACUGUAUGUGUAUGCACUCACUACUGUAAAUCGCUUUGGAUAAAAGCGUUGGCUAUUUCAUGUGGGCAUGCAGUAUGAAAUGGUAUAAAGAAAAAGAUUACUCACACAAUGUUCUUAUUAUUUUGUAUUUUUAUUCUGUUAUUUUUAGGACUACAUUGAUAUUGAUUACUGCGUUGUUGGAUUUAGAGCUUGCAAGACAGGCAUUUCACUGUACUUGUGCACGUGACAUUAAAACUUGAAACUUUGAAUGCCAGUGAAAAAUAACUGUUUCAAGCCCUGUGUGUGAAAAUGCUCUGUGUUUGUCCCUGCCAGGCCCAAGCUCGCUGCCACCGCAUCGGCCAGAGUAAAGCAGUGAAGGUGUACAGGCUAAUCACUAGGAACUCCUAUGAGAGGGAGAUGUUUGACAAAGCCAGUCUGAAGCUGGGUCUAGACAAGGCUGUGCUGCAGGACAUCAAUCGAAAGGGCAGCCUCAAUGGGGUGAGUGACUGUGCUAUGAUCGCCUGGUCCCAGAUCUGUUUGUGCUGUCUUGCCAACUCCUAUUGUCAUCGUUCCAUCGUCAUGCCAGCACAAACAGAUCUAGGACUAGGUUAUACUAUGAAGGAUGAAUGUGUGAUGAUGUCUGGAUUUUCUUUGUAUACAGUGAGCUCCAAAAGUAUUGGGACAGUGACACCAUUUUUCUUGUCCAGCACUUUGGAUUUGAAAUUAUAUAUUUGUUUAUUUGAGGGUGAACCAUUUAGAUAUUACAGAACUUUUUGUACAUAGUCCCCCCAAAUUAGGAGACCAAAAGUAUUGGGACAAAUUCACGUAUGUGUAUUAAAGUAGAAGAUUAUUUUGUGCACAAUAGAAAUGAAUGUGUCAUUUUGGAGUCACUUUUAUUGUAAAUAAAAUUAGAAUAUGUUUCUAAACACUUCUACAUUUAAUGUGGAUGCUACCAUGAUUCCGGAUAAUCCUGAAUGAAUCAUGAAUAAUAAUGAGUGAGAAAGUUAGAUGCACAAAUAUCAUACCCCCAAGACAAGCAUUUUUUUGUGGGGGGAGGUGAUAUUUGUGCGUCGAACUUUCUCACUCAUCCUUAUUCACACUUCAUUCAAGAUUAUCUGUAAUCAUGGUAGCAUCCACAUUCAUGUAGAAGUGUUUAGAAAUAUAUUAUAUUCUAAUAUACAAAUAAAAGGUUGGAGCUCACUUUCAUAUAGUAGUCAUCUUUGAGAUUUCUAUGUCCGUCCACACUCAGCACUGCAGUCCCUCUCAAUGCUUUUGUUGCCGGUUUUGCAGUACAACACAAACAGUUGUCAGUGGUCAUGCUAAACAUGUCCCUUUGGACUAUCCUGUUUUUUUACACCUACACCCUUUUAUCAAACUUUAACUAUCUAAUUCAGGAAAUAAAUAAAGUAUUCUAUUCAGGGACUAAACUGAAAAUACCAGUUCCUAUUCCAAUUUUCGUCAUAGAAAAGCAUUAAAGAGAAUUUGAGUUUAGUUCAGUUUAAAUGACUGAAUUGAAAUGGAAUUGACCCCAACCCUGAUCUAUAAUUGGGUCCAGCUGAUCUGAGCGCUGUUGGUAUGGCUGCCUAACUAACGGGGGGCAUGGUGUCCUAAAGGCGCAGCAGAUGACCAAGAUUGAGGUGGAGGACCUGCUGAGGAAGGGGGCUUAUGGAGCGUUGAUGGAUGAAGAGGACGAGGGCUCCAAGUUUUGUGAGGAGGACAUCGACCAGAUCUUGCAGCGCCGCACCCAAACCAUCACCAUCGAGACAGAGGGCAAGGGCUCCACCUUCGCCAAGGUUAACACUGAUCCUUAUACACCUGACCUCUAACUCCUGACCCUAAUAUCCAGACUGUCAACAUCAAGACGGUAGGCAAGGGCUCCACCUUCGCCAAGUUAAACCCCAACCUUUUAUACAUCUGACCAUUAACCCCUGACCCAUAUCUUGACCAUCACCAUCCAGACAGAGCGCUCCACACUUGCCAAAGUAAACUCAAUUGUAAACCUAACCCUUACCUGUUGAAUGGUAAGGGUUAGGUUUACAAUUGAGGGUUUACCUUGGCGAAGGUGGAGCUCUCUGUUUGGAUAGUGAGGCUCAUUGUAUAAAAACGUUUUUUUGAUGUUAGUGGUUGUAUUAAUUUGGGAACUAUCGCAUCCCACAACUGUCCCAGACUAUGUUUGGAAUAUUUAUUUCUCGCACAGAAUAGAAUAGGUCAACUUUUGUACUAUGUGGGAUGGUAAAUUGACAUAGGCUAGUGCUUUUGCUGUUCGUUAGGCUUACUCAUCUUGUUGGCUGACGAAAAGUAAAUGUGGACAGUUCUUCCAAUAUCUUCAAUAUGCACCUCGGAAUUGGAUAAGGAUGCGCGCCGUUGCAUCCCCGAUGUGUCUGUCUUCACUUGUAGCCUGUGAGAAAGACCCGAUCACGUGACAGAGCCAUGUGAGUGAGAGACACUUUGGAUCACCGGCUGACUGACAAAAUGUCGUGACCGCCACAGCCCUACCCCUACCUUAUAGAUUAAACCCUAAUCCUAAAACUGUCACCGUCCAGGUACUCUAUAACUAUCAGAAGAAUGACAUGUUAGCCAGUCACCACAAGUUUCAGUUUCCCCUGCUUUACACUCUGAGUGGGAAAAGGGAGAUGCAACUCUUUCACCAAUGUCUGAUUUCACGCCUUAUCAGCUUUCUCAGCACAUCUAAGUGUAUGUUACACACACAGAUCCAGUCAGGUUGAUGUGUUUGUGUGCGCGUGCAUGUGUGCACGCUUUUGUUUUCCUUGUCAUUUCCAGGCCAGCUUUGUGUCUUCUGGAAACAGAACUGACAUUUCCCUGGACGAUCCCAACUUCUGGCAGAAAUGGGCCAAAAUAGCAGAGCUGGAGAUUGACUCCAAAGCAGAGAAGGUGAGAGGAACUAGGGAAGGGCACUAUGGGGCUACCGGUUAUCCCUCACCAGGGUGAAGCCGCUACAUGAUGUUGGAGGGGCUCCAGAAAAAGACGGUCCCGCAUGUCCCCGCAGAUCAAAAGAGCUACUCAGAAUGCGGGCUAGAAAAUAAGGGGGAAGAGGCCUCACGAAACGGUUUAAAUAUCUGUCACUCGUCACUCUGCCGAACAGAUGUGUUGCAUUAAAGAGAGAGGGGAAAAAACAGCAUGCGAAGCAGAGGGAGGAGGAGAGACUGCAGUUGAAUUAAUUCUGUUUAGUGUGUAUUAGUGUGCUGCGUAUGCAUUUUGUGCUCCAGAGUUGUGUGUGUGUAUAUGGGGUACACUGUAUGUUAGUAAUGUGCGUUUUUUGGGCCUGAGUAUGUGGUGUGUUAGCAGUGUGUGUACACUUAUAUUUAUUUAUAUACACUGCUCAUAAAAUAAAGAGAACACUUAAACAACACAUCCUAGAUCUGAAUGAAUGAAAUAAUCUUAUUAAAUACUUUUUUCUUUACAUAGUUGAAUGUGCUGACAACAAAAUCACGCAAAAAUUAUCAAUGGAAAUCCAAUUUAUCAACCCAUGGAGGUCUGGAUUUGGAGUCACCCUCAAAAUUAAAGUGGAAAACCACACUACAGGCUGAUCCAACUUUGAUGUAAUGUCCUUAAAACAAGUCAAAAUGAGGCUCAUUAGUGUGUGUGGCCUCCACGUGCCUGUAUGACCUCCCUACAACGCCUGGGCAUGCUCCUGAUGAGGUGGCGGAUGAUCUCCUGAGGGAUCUCCUCCCAGACCUGGACUAAAGCAUCCGCCAACUCCUGGACAGUCUGUGGUGCAACGUGGCGUUGGUGGAUGGAGCGAGACAUGAUGUCCCAGAUGUGCUCAAUUGGAUUCAGGUCUGGGGAACGGGCGGGCCAGUCCAUAGCAUCAAUGCCUUCCUCUUGCAGGAACUGCUGACACACUCCAGCCACAUGAGGUCUAGCAUUGUCUUGCAUUAGGAGGAACUCAGGGCCAACCGCACCAGCAUGUGGUCUCACAAGGGGUCUGAGGAUCUCAUCUCGGUACCUAAUGGCAGUCAGGCUACCUCUGGCGAGCACAUGGAGGGCUGUGCGGCCCCCCAAAGAAAUGCCACCCCACACCAUGACUGACCCACCGCCAAACCGGUCGUGCUGGAGGAUGUUGCAGGCAGCAGAACGUUCUCCACGGCGUCUCCAGACUCUGUCACGUCUGUCACAUGUGCUCAGUGUGAACCUGCUUUCAUCUGUGAAGAGCACAGGGCGCCAGUGACGAAUUUGCCAAUCUUGGUGUUCUCUGGCAAAUGCCAAACGUCCUGCACGGUGUUGGGCUGUAAGCACAACCCCCACCUGUGGAUGUCGGUCCCUCAUACCACCCUCAUGGAGUCUGUUUCUGACCUUUUGAGCAGACACAUGCACAUUUGUGGCCUGCUGGAGGUCAUUUAGCAGGGCUCUGGCAGUGCUCCUCCUGCUCCUCCUUGCACAAAGGCGGAGGUUGCGGUCCUGCUGCUGGGUUGUUGCCCUCCUACGGCCUCCUCCACGUCUCCUGAUGUACUGGCCUGUCUCCUGGUAGCGCCUCCAUGCUCUGGACACUACGCUGACAGACACAGCAAACCUUGAUGUGCCAUCCUGGAUGAGCUGCACUACCUGAGCCACUUGUGUGGGUUGUAGACUCCGUCUCAUGCUACCACUAGAGUGAAAGCACCGCCAGCAUUUAAAUGUGACCAAAACAUCAGCCAGGAAGCAUAGGAACUGAGAAGUGGUCUGUGGUCACCACCUGCAGAACUACUUCUUUAUUGAGGGUGUCUUGCUAAUUGCCUAUAAUUUCCACCUGUUGUCUAUUCCAUUUGCACAACAGCAUGUGAAAUGUAUUGUCAAUCAGUGUUGCUUCCUAAGUGGACAGUUUGAUUUCACAGAAGUGUGGUUGACUUGGAGUUACAUUGUGUUGUUUAAGUGUUCCCUUUAUUUUUUUGGAGCAGUGUAUAUGCCUACAUCUUAUGUAUUUUCUGCGCAUGGAUUUGUUUGGCAUCCGUACACAGUAUGGAAUGUGUUUGGGGUGUGUGUAUUGUGCUGUGGAUGGGUUCCUAUAAUGUCUGUAAAGCUUGAAUAUGAACUACCGUCCCCUGGCUGUGACAGGAGAGCCUGGUGAUUGAUACGCCUCGUGUGAGGAAGCAGACGCGCCACUACAACUCGUUCGAAGACGACGAGCUGAUGGAGUUCUCUGAGCUGGACAGCGACUCAGAAGAGAGGCCCUGUCGCACCCGCCGCUUCAGCGAGAGGAACAGACGCUACCUCCGCGCCGAAUGCUUCCGCGUCGAGAAGAACCUGCUCAUAUUUGGGUUAUUUUCUCGCCUCUAACAUUCCUCAGUCACACUUUCAUUGUGCCAUACUGUAAUAAUUAUUGUGAAGUGCCCUAUGUAAGUGCUCUCUCACUGGCUUAAGUAACCUCAAACUGUACCUUAGUAAGCACUCUAACUGGCUACUGCAGGGUUAGUGGGACAGUGUUUUCCAAACAUCUCCUUGAGUAAUUCCCAGUCAGUACCAUUUAUAUGACUUAUUCCGGUACUAGCACACCUGAUUCAAUUGGUCAACUAAUCACCAAGCCCCUCAUUAGUUGAAUCAGGUGUGCUAGUUGUGGAAUAUAUCAAAUAUAGUCCCUGCCAAAUAUAUUGGCACAUUUGCACUUUUUUUUAAAGGCCCAGUGCAGUCAGAAACGUGAUUUUCCUGUGUUUUAUCUAUAUUUCAAGAUUUCCAGCUCUUUUAGUGUAAGAGCUGUUUGAAAGGUCCGCCUGAAAUGUCAGCCUGUUUUGGUGGGAUGGCGUUUUGACCAAUAGGAAAGAGGGUUCCAAACCACUCUGCCAUUAACAGGUAGUUUUCAUUUUUCCACUCCCGACUCAGACCACGCCCAGACAGUCUUAGCAAAGUUCUUGCUUGAGAAUUGUUUUUGUUUCUUUUUGACUAUUUUAAUUGAAAACAAUCACAGUAAGGUACUUAAUUGUUACCCAGAAAUUAUUUGAUAUGGAGAUCAAAACGGCUGCAUUGGACCUUUUAUCCCCUAUUUCUUCUAAAAUAAGUGGAAGUUGAAAAAGCUUUGGUCUCCACACUUUGUUAGUGGAUUUUCAACAUUGCAGAAACAAUUGUAUUUUAACUUAAGUUCAAAAAAUUUACUUAGAAAAUAUAGACAUGGGAAAAAAUAAAUUGGCACCCCAGAGCUAGUACACAGCCUUUGGCCAAGAUAACUGCAGACAAACACUUAUUGUAGCCAUUAAUGAGUGUGCUGCAAUUUGGCCCACUCUUCAGCAGCAAACUGCUGUAAUUCUUCAAUGUUUGAGGGGUGCCCUCCACCAACUGCUGUUUUCAGAUCUGUCCAUAGCAGUGGCGGUCGGUGCCGUUUUAAGAUGAGGGACGACAAGUAUUUUUUUAAUGAGCGUGGCCUUAUUUAUUUUACAGCAUAUUGGAUGACUGUCAUUCAUAUUCCAUUCACCCAGCUCAAUGUAACAUUGACAGGUUUAGGCUACUACAUGAUACUCUAAUUUUCCCAAUACCCAUCAUGAGGUUGCUACAACCUAGCCUAUGAAUUAAAGUUUACAACGUAGGUGCACAGGUCGAGAGGAAUUUGAGUAAUUUAAGGUGACAGUGACACAUUCAAUACCGUCUUGCACACUCUUGCCUGCAUCUAGCUGAUCUAGGGUGUAAUCAUUAGUCCAACAGUUGCAUACAGUGGGGAGAACAAGUAUUUGAUACACUGCCGAUUUUGCAGGUUUUCCUACUUACAAAGCAUGUAGAGGUCUGUAAUUUUUAUCAUAGGUACACUUCAACUGUGAGAGACUGAAUCUAAAAAGUAUUUGAUACAUCAGAAAAGCAGAACUUAAUAUUUGGUACAGAAGCCUUUGUUUGCAAUUACAUAGAUCAUACGUUUCCUGUAGGUCUUGACCAGGUUUGCACACACUGCAGCAGGGAUUUUGGCCCACUCCUCCAUACAGACCUUCUCCAGAUCCUUCAGGUUUCGGGGCUGUCGCUGGGCAAUACAGACUUUCAGGUCCCUCCAAAGAUUUUCUAUUGGGUUCAGGUCUGGAGACUGGCUAGGCCACUCCAGGACCUUGAGAUGCUUCUUACGGAGCCACUCCUUAGUUGCCCUGGCUGUGUGUUUCGGGUUGUUGUCAUGCUGGAAGACCCAGCCACGACCCAUCUUCAAUGCUCUUACUGAGGGAAGGCGGUUGUUGGCCAAGAUCUCGCGAUACAUGGCCCCAUCCAUCCUCCCCUCAAUAUGGUGCAGUUGUCCUGUCCCCUUUGCAGAAAAGCAUCCCCAAAGAAUGAUGUUUCCACCUCCAUGCUUCACGUUUGGGAUGGUGUUCUUGGGGUUGUACUCAUCCUUCUUCUUCCUCCAAACACGGCGAGUGGAGUUUAGACCAAAGAGCUCUAUUUUUGUCUCAUGAGAGCACAUGACCUUCUCCCAUUCCUCAUCUGGAUCAUCCAGAUGGUCAUUGGCAAACUUCAGACGGGCCUGGGCAUGUGCUGGCUUGAGCAGGGGGACCUUGCGUGCGCUGCAGGAUUUUAAUCCAUGACGGCGUAGUGUGUUACUAGUGGUUUUCUUUGAGACUGUGGUCCCAGCUCUCUUCAGGUCAUUGACCAGGUCCUGCCAUGUAGUCCCUCACCUUCCUCAUGAUCAUUGAUGCCCCACGAGGUGAGAUCUUGCAUGGAGCCCCAGACCGAGGAUGAUUGACCGUCAUCUUGAACUUCUUCCAUUUUCUAAUAAUUGACCCAAAAGUUGUUGCCUUCUCACCAAGCUGCUUGCCUAUUGUCCUGUAGGCCAUCCCAGCCUUGUGCAGGUCUACAAUUUUAUCCCUGAUGUCCUUACACAGCUCUCUGGUCUUGGCCAUUGUGGAGAGGUUGGAGUCUGUUUGAUUGAGUGUGUGGACAGGUGUCUUUUAUACAGGUAAAGAGUUCUAACAGGUGCAGUUAAUACAGGUAAUGAGUGGAGAACAGGAGGGCUUCUUAAAGAAAAACUAACAGGUCUGUGAGAGACGGAAUUCUUACUGGUUGGUAGGUGAUCAAAUACUUAUGUCAUGCAAUAAAAUGCAAAUUAAUUACUUAAAAAUCAUACAAUGUGAUUUUCUGGAUUUUUGUUUUAGAUUCCGUCUCUCACAGUUGAAGUAUACCUAUGAUAAAACUUACAGACCUCUACAUGCUUUGUAAGUAGGAAAACCUGCAAAAUCGGCAGUGUAUCAAAUACUUGUUCUCCCCACUGUACAUUAAUUUCUAUUGGACAAAUUCAGGUAUGUUUAUCACCGCUUCGUUCCGUUUAAGAAACGUUUUUCAACAGAAUCGGCGGAAUGAAUACACCUCUGAUCACACGCAAACACAGUUCACUUUCAUAGCAGUCACAUACAAACAGCAUGAUCACUUUGAUCGUUGUAGCUAUAAUUUCUUCACGCGUCUACGCACUCUCCUCCUCUCACCUUUUCCCUUCGCUUGUGGACUUCAGUACACAACACAUUAACUGUCUGUGACCAGGCGAAAAAAAUAAUAAAAAAAACUUUACAAGCCAAACUUUCAUAUCAUAACCACUACCCACUGCCUACAUUGUUGUCACCAUUAUUAGCUAACGUCAUAGUCAACAUAGCUACUGGACCUAACGCGUUAGUAAACCCGCUACAAUCAUGCAGUACAGUGUAUAGUCAGCAAGCAGUUUAGCAGUUACACCGGCAGGCCCCGGUGGUAAUACAUUUAUAAAACCAAAAGCUUACCUUGGAAGAGAUCCAGUGUUGGAUUGCCAUAGCCAGCUAGCUAACAUAGCAUCCCUCUCUGUUUGAGCUGGGUGCUUGAGUAGGCUACACUAGCUACAUUCACCACAUUUUCUGCACUGCGGUGCUAUCUAGCUGUAGCUUAUGCAUUCCGUUCUAGAUUCAUUCUCUGAUCCUUUGAUUAGGUGGACAACAUGUCCGUUCAUGCUACAAGAGCUCUGAUAGGUUGGAGGAGGACGUCGUCUGGAAGUUGUCAGAAUUACUGUGUACGUUUAUGGAAGGGGGUGAGAACCAUGAGACUCCUAGGUUUUGUAUUGAAGUCAAUGUACCUAGAGGAGGACGGAAACGAGCUGUCCUCCGGCUACACCAUGGUGCUCCCCUACAGAGUGCUGUUGAGGCUACUGUAGACCUUAAUUGCAAAACAGUGUGUUUAAAUAAAUUAUUUGGUGAUAUGUGAAUAAAUUUAAUAUAGUUUUAUAUUGAAAGGAUCUAUUUUAUUUUUAUUUAUUUUUAAACAUUUUUAUGAAAUUCACUGAGGAGGAUGGUCCCCCCCUUCCUCCUCUGAAGAGCCUCCACUGGUCCAUAGGUUUUGGAUGAGAUUCAGAUCUGGACUCUUUGCUGGCUACUCCAGAACAGUCAAGUAUUUCUUAUUGAACCAUUCCUGGGUGCUUUUUGUUGUGUGUUUGGGGUCGUUGUCCUGCUGGAAGACCUAAAACGUUCAAUGGAGACCCAGUUUUUGGACACUGGGUUGAACAUUGGACUACAAAACACCUUAAUAAUCUGCUGAUUUCAUGAUGCCUUGCGCACGUUCAAGGCCCACAGUACCAGGGGCAGCCAAGCAACCCCACAGCAUUAUCAAACCUCCCCCAUGUUUGAUUGUAGGGAGGGUGUUAUUUUAAUUGAAUGCCUAAUUUGAUCAUUGAUAAACACAGAGCUAAUCUGUAUUGCCAAAGAGCUCUAAUUAUGUUUCAUUGGUCCACAGAACAUUUUCCCCCAGGAUUUAGGCUUGUUUUAGGUGGGAUUUGAGAAGUUCAAUCAGGAUUUCUUGUCUCCUUCAGUUGUGGGGUCUUCCUAUGACCAACGACCACAUUAAGCAUUCAAAGAAAAUAACACCCUCCCUACAAUCAAACGUGGGGAGGUUUGAUAAUGCUGUGGGUUUGCUUUGCUGCCUCUAAACGUGUGCAAACCUCAUGAUAUCUGCAGAUUUAUCAAGGUUUUGUGGAGUGCAAUGUUCAACCCAGUGUUCAAAAACUGGGUCUCUGUUGAAGGUUGGUCUUCCAGCAGGACAAAAAACCUAAACACACAUCAGAAGCACCCUUGAAUGGUUCAAGAGGAAGCGCUGGACUGUUCUUGAGUGAAAAGCGAAGAGUCCAGAUCUGAAUUGCAUCCAUAACCUAUGGUGAGAGCUGAAAACAGCAGUUGAUGGAGGGCACCCCUCAAACAUUGAAGAAUUAACCUCUUAAGGAUCGGACACUUUUUUUUCAAUUUUUGCAUAAAAUCUAACUGCCUGUAGCUCAGGACCCGCAAGGAUAUGCAUGUUCUUGAUACCAUUUGAAAGGAAACACUUUGAAGUUUGUGGAAAUGUGAAAUUAAUGUAGGAGAAUAACGCAUUAGAUCUGGUAAACGAUAAUAGAAACAAAAAAACAUGUGUUUUCUGUUAAUUUUUUUGUUCCAUCAUCUUUGAAAUGCAAGAGAAAGGCCAUGAUGUAAUAUUGUAUUUUGCCACUAGAUGGCAGCAGUGUGCGUGCAAAGUUUCAGAUUGAUCCAGUGAAGCAUUGCAAUACUGGACUGUUUUGUAUCAAGUCUGCCCAAAUGUGCCGAAUUGGUCAAUUGAUACAUUUUCAAGUACAUAACUAUAGAGAACAUACAUUUUGUAUUAUCAUAUCAUUUUUGUAAGUUUACACACUCCCAGGAAUGUCGUAGAUGAUGGAUCAUUAGUUUAUAAACAAUGGUGCCAGAGACAGUAGGGGUUCAAACUGUAGAACCCAGUUCCUACAUUUGAAUAUAAAAAUAGAUUUUAUCAUACAAAACUAUGCUACAUUUGAUCUCUGGGACCCUUAGCAUGACAAAUCAGAGCAAGAUUACUGAAUGUAAGUACAUUAUUUACCUUCAGAGGUGAAUGUAUCAAACCAGUUGCCUUGAUAAGUGUUUUGUUGUUGUGCACUCUCCUCAAACAAUAGCAUGGUGAUUUUUCACUAUAAUAGCUACUGUAAAUUGGACAGUGCAGUUAGAUUAACACGAAUCUAAGCUUUCUGCCCAUAUAAGACAUGUCUAUGUCCUGGAAUGUCUGCUGUUACUUACAACAGUCAUGCUAAUCACAUUAGCGCACAUUAGCUCAACCAUCCCUUUUACGGGACACCGAUCCUGUAGAGGUUAAAGCAGUUUGCUGCUGAAAAGUGGGCCAAAUUACCAGGCUGUGCAGCCAAGUACUAGCUCCGGGGUGCUAAUAUUUUUGUCCAUGCGAUUUGUCUUUAUUUUCUAAAGUAAAAUUGUAAACUCAAGUUUACAAAAUUAAAUUGGUUCUGCAAUGUUGAAAAUCCGACAAGGUGUGGAGAUAAAAUAGGGAAUUAUUUAAGAAAAGUGCAAGGGUGCCAAUGUAUUUGGCUGCAACUGUAUGUGACACUGGCUGGGGGUAUUCGUGGAGAGGUGGGGACUCGAUGAGAGCCUACUGCAGUAGGCUACAUUAGAGUACAGUUGUAUUUAUUGUAUCCCACCGACUCUGACACUAGUGUGGUGUAUCUGUGCUCAUGCCACCUGCUACAUCUGUUUGUGCCCACACAGCUGGGGUCGCUGGAAGGACAUCCUGACCCACGGGCGCUUCAAGUGGCAACUGUCUGAACGUGACAUGGAGGUGCUGUGCCGGGCGCUGCUGGUCUACUGCUUGCGCCACUACAAGGGCGAUGACAAGAUCAAGAGCUUUAUCUGGGACCUCAUCACACCCGCCAAGGAUGGCCAUAAACAAGACCUGCAGAACCAUUCUGGUGAGAGAUUCGCUUACAUCCCCUGAAACAAGCUGCCAUUCAGGAAAGAGGACUGACAAAAUGGCUAGUUAUGUUGACAACACUCAAAUGUAUAAUUAAGCUCUGAAAAGCAAUUCAUAGUGCCAGAGUUUGUCAUAGUGGUCUAUAAAGCAGAUUCCAGACUGUGAAUGGCCCCUGGGGGCUCGAAUCCUUGCUCAGCAUCUUGUACUACUCGUACUACAUCUUGUAUCUACUCUGUUUAUCCCUUAGCAAUAAAGUUUUAAAAAAAGCAAUCCUCACCUUUGUCUGAUGGUUUGCUUUGAUUACUCCAAAUAACUGUAGCUCCAACUCUGAUUCCAAAAUAUGUGCUUUAAUGUGGACUGGUGUGCUACUGAUGAUUGCUUGGUAUCGCCCAAACCCAACCUUUCCACAAGCAGGCCUGUCGGCCCCAGUGCCCAGGGGACGCAAGGGUAAGAAGCUAAAGAACCAGCUGAGUGUGCCCGAGAUGAAGCAUGCAGACUGGCUUGUCAACUGCAACCCAGAGGUGGUGCUACAGGACGACAGCUACAAGAAACACCUCAAGCAGCACUGCAACAAGUGAGUCCCCCAUUCCUCACAAUUCACCUUCAGCUGUUGGUGAACAUUGUCAUGUUCUCUUCUGACUAAUAGGAUUCCUAAAGUUGCUAAAUCUACAGUCUAGAUUGAAAAUAAAUAAUGAUUUGAAGUGCUGAAGCCAAGGGAGUUUUACGCUAGAUUUACUUAGCGUUUGCACCUUUUUUAAUAAAUGAAGACCGUUAGCUUUGUUUGUUUUAUCUCUUCCUGAAAAAACAGGUGCAAACUUUGCAUCUGGUAAAACAGUUGCUGUAUCUAAUAACAGACCGACGAGUGGUCAAUGUGUUGUGUUAUGUGUCGUGUUGUGCCAAGGGUACUUCUGAGGGUGAGGAUGCUGUACUACCUCAAGGCGGAGGUACUGGGAGAGACUGCUGCUCAGUCCCUGGAGGGCAUCCCUGCCAGGUACAGAGUGGGCACCACGAGGGCACCCAUUAAUCAUGCCACUUACUGUAUACACUGAUUAACUUGUCGAUACAUGAAGGGGUAGUUCCUCAAACCCAGAUGAUGCCUAUUGCUGUACUCAAAAGCACUUUCAAUGCAGUUUCUCCAUUGAGCAUGAGUUUUAACCCAGAAGUAGGAUAAUCUUGUCCGGGAAACCAGCCCAAAGUAAAUGACUGUGUGUGUGUGAUCUGUUUAGUAAACUGGAGGUGGCGCUGCCUGAUAUUGACUACAUCGAGAUCCCAGCAGGCUGGUGGGAUGCAGAGGCGGAUAAGUCUCUCCUCAUAGGAGUGCACAAACACGGUAAUCCUCUAGUCUAGGGUCUCCUGCUUGUCAAGGCCCUCAUGUCUCUCGCCUAUAAAAUCCUCAUUUUAUGUACAGUACAGUCGUGGUCAAAUGUUUUGAGAAUGACACAAGUCUUCACAAAGUUUGCUGCUUCAGUUUUUUUAGAUAUUUUUGUCAGAUGUUACUAUGGUAUACUGAAGUAUAAUUGCAAGCAUUCCAUAAGUGUGAAAGGCUUUUAUUGACAAUUACAUUAAGUUUAUACAAAGAGUCAAUAUUUGCAGUGUUGACCCUUCUUUUUCAAGACCUCUGCAAUCCGCCCUGGCAUGCUGUCAAUUAACUUCUGGGCCGCAGCCCAUUCUUGCAUAAUCAAUGCUUGUAGUUUGUCAGAAUUUGUGGGUUUUUUGUUUGUCCACCCGCCUCUUGAGGAUUGACCACAAGUUCUCAAUGGGAAUAAGGUCUGGGGAGUUUCCUGGCCAUGGACCCAAAAUGUUGAUAUUUUGUUCGCCGAGCCACUUAGUUAUCACUUUUGCCUUAUGGCAAGGUGCUCCAUCAUGCUGGAAAAGGCAUUGUUCGUCACCAAACUGUUCUUGGAUGGUUGGGAGAAGUUGCUCUCGGAGGAUGUGUUGGUACCAUUCUUUAUUCAUGGCUGUGUUCUUAGGCAAAAUUGUGAGUGAGCCUACUCCCUUGGCUGAGAAGCAACCCCACACAUGAAUGGUCUCAGGAUGCUUUACUGUUGGCAUGACACAGGACUGAUGGUAGCGCUCACCUUGUCUUCUCCGGACAAGCUUUUUCCCAGAUGCCCCAAACAAUCAGAAAGGGAUUCAUCAGAGAAAAUGACUUUACCCCAGUCCUCAGCAGUCCAAUCCCUGUACCUUUUGCAGAAUAUCAGUCUGUCCCUGAUGUUUUUCCUGGAGAGAAGUGGCUUCCUCGCUGCCCUUUUUGACACCAGGCCAUCCUCCAAAAGUUUUCGCCUCACUGUGCGUGCAGAUGCACUCACACCUGCCUGCUGCCAUUCCUGAGCAAGCUCUGCGCUGGUGGUGCCCCGAUCCCGCAGCAGAAUCAACUUUAGGAGACGGUCCUGGUGCUUGCUGGACUUUCUUGGGCGCCCUGAAGCCUUCUUCAUAACAAUUGAACCUCUCUCCUUGAAGUUCUUGAUGAUCCGAUAAAUGGUUGAUUUAGGUGAAAUCUUACUAGAAGCAAUAUCCUUGCCUGUGAAGCCCUUUUUGUGCAAAGCAAUGAUGACUGCACGCGUUUCCUUGCAGGUAACCAUGGUUAACAUAGGAAGAACAAUGAUUUCAAGCACCACCCUCCUUUUUAAAGCUUAGAGUCUGUUAUUCUAACUCAAUCAGCAUGACAGUCAUCUCCAGCCUUGUCCUCGUCAACACUCUCACCUGUGUUAACGAGAUAAUUACUGACAUGAUGUCUGCUGGUCCUUUUGUGGAGUAUAUGCAAAUUGCCAUCAUUAAAACUGAUGCAGCAGACUUUUUGAAAAUUAAAAUGUGUGUCAUUCUCAAAACUUUUGACCACGACUGUAGUUUAUAUUCAAGUUAUUAAGUCAUGGUUUGUCCAUUUCAAAGGAUCAUACAUCAACCUUGGUCCUAGAGAAUUUCAAGGUGUGCAUGCUUUGGUUCCAUCACUAAAACACCUGAAUCAACUAAUCAAAGUCCUGAUGAUCAGUCGAUUUAGCUGAGUCAUGUUUUAAGUCUGUAGCUCGCUCUGUAUAUUUUGGAUCAGGAUUGGUCAUUACUGGCCUACCACAUAUCACAGUUAUUGGUCAUUGAUUAAUUGGUCAUACAUUUUAAAUUGAUAGUAAAUUUAAGUCUGAAGCCACUUCCAUCGGCGCUCAGUAACCGUGUGUCCUCAGGGUACGAGCGGUACAACGCCAUGCGGGCCGACCCAGAGCUGUGCUUCUUGGAGCGGGUGGGCAUGCCUGACGUCACGGCGCUCUCAGCCGAGCAGAGUGGAGGAGAGGUGGUGGCUGACCUCACUGACAGGCAAGAAACCACCCACGCCUUAGCGUAGGGCACAAGUCUCAUUUGAAGGAUGGACCCCAAAAAAAACAGCAUACAUUAAUAUGAACAUCCGCAGUACCAAAUCUCAGGUGCUGUGUACGAAUGUGAAUGUCAACCAAUGCCUUUAUGCCCCAAAAUGUAAUAUGUCAGUAAUACCUCGAUCUAGUUCCCCUAAAUACAUUAAUUAAUCCUGGAUGGUCAAGUUGACUCUGGUGAUGGAGCAAGUAAUACAACUUUGUGGUCUUUAUCAUGAUUGUUGUUCUUUUUAGUGCUUGCAAAAGUGAUGACAUGAAAGACAAUCCUGAAUGCAAUCCAGAGGAGGGAGGAGUGGAAAAGGUUGAUAAUAAGGUAUGGACUCUCGAGUGACUCGGCUAAAUGGAAAUGAAGGAUUAAAUUAUUGAAUAUCUAAAAAGGUUGAGUUGUGAUGUUCUAUCGUCUAUUUUUGCUCCAUAAGGAUGAAACCAGCUCCAGCAAUGAUGCAAUGGACAAGCAUGACAGUGUAGUUCAAGGUGAGUGUUCAGCUACCUUUCAACUUGCCUUUUUGCAUAAAACACAUUACAACAGGAGAAUCUGUGAGUGCAUAUAGAUUAUAUUGGUUUUACCAUUUUCUGCAAGUGUUCAUGUGUGUUAUUCUACGAAUAGAAUGCCGUUUUAUGUAAUGUAAUUUUGUCAAAAAUAAGUUUAUUUCACCUAAUUUUAAGAAUUUGUCAUAAAAAGCACAUGCUUAACUUCAUAAUAAACAUGUUUUCCCAUCUCAAGAGGUUAAAUCCAGAAAAAUGACUAUAAAAUGCAUGUAAACAAAGCAUUGAUCUGAUGCUGUUACUUUCCAGACACACUUUCAGUGGAGAUGGUCAAGGAGGGCUUUGGCCAGGAAGGGUUUGGCCAGGAGGGCAUGGAGCUACAGGGUCGCCCUCUGUGGCCGGCCGGCCCUGCCCUUACUGCCAGGCUACGUCGCCUCAUCACGGCCUACCAGCGCUUCAUGCGGCGCGAGCCCCUGCGCCACGACUUCCUGCUGCCUGAAGGGCUGGGGUCAGGCCUGGGGCCGAUGUCCUGGCAGCUGGGGGAGGAGAUUAGGCGGUGCACGGUGGCUGCCACUGAACCUGACCCUCUCUUCCUGGAGUGGCAGAGAAGGUGGGUGAUGUCAGAGCAAAGGUGGGUGAUGUUAUUGAUCCCCUACAUUAUGUGCUGCCUCGGUCCCGUUCCCUUUCGGUUACUAGCCCCUUACCCCCCUCUAUGUUCACCGAUCUGUAAGGCAUGGUUAUAUCAAUACGAGGAUGUCUCCAGCUAGCUCUCCAAUAAACUAGGUGGAACUAUCACUAUUUACCUUUCACAAACAUAUCCUUCAAGGUCUGUGAACAACUGCUAGGCUAGGGGAUUAAAUGGACGGGUUCAUUGUCUAUGCCCCUAAAAGAUGGUGCGUGUCAAAUACUUAAUAUAAAAAUGUCUUACUGGAACCAGACUUUUUGCUUUUGUGUGCGAUACCCACAGCUGCCUUGUGGCUUCCGUGUACUGCAGUCACAUGGUCAGUGCAUGCCCCCCUGAUCAAAGGCUAAUGGUAGGCCUGUGUUUUUGUGAGCAGGUGGACACGGCGUGAGCAAGCAGAUUUCUACCGCACCGUGUCGUCGUUCGGCGUGGUGCACGACCUGGAGAAGAAAACCUUCGACUGGAGUCUGUUCCGCUCCUUCGCCCGGCUGGAGAGGAAGACGGAUGAGAGCCUGGAGAGAUACUUCAGCAGCUUUGUGUCCAUGUGCCGCACCGCCUGCAGAUUGCCCCCCAGGAAGGACGAAGGUAACUACUCACCAGGAGGCAAAGCAAGAGAGCUUGCCCUUGAAGGUGCAAUAAGAAGGGAAUAUCCGUAAAUCAGGAAACCUCCAACCAGGAUUUCUGGAUAACCUCAGAAUUUUGGGAAAGUUACCAGAAUUUUGCAACUCUAGGGAAUGCCAUAAUGUACACUGAACAAAAAAUAUAAACGCAUCAUGUAAAGUGCUGGUCCAAUGUUUCAUGAGCUGAAAUACAAGAUCCCAGAAGUGUUCCGUACGUACAAAAAGCGUAUUUCUCACAAAUGUUUUGCACAACUUUGUUUACAUCCCUGGUAGUGAGCAUUUUAUCCUUUGUCAAGAUAAUCCAUCCACCUGACAGUUGUGGCAUAUCAAGAAGCACAUCCGGCUUCUUCACCUGCGGGAUCGUCUGAGGGGGAAGGGGCUGGGUGCUGAGGAGGAUUUCUGUCUGUAAUAAAGGCCUUUUGUGGGAAAAACUAAUUCUGAUUGGCUGGGACUGGUUCCCCAGUGGGUGAUCACAUAUUGCAAACAAAUAAUCUGAACUAAAAACUCCACACAUUUUGGAAUUUCUGUGUGUCCUUGACCAUCGCUAAUCAAUAUCCAAAAACUGCAUACGUUCUCUCUUUUGUGGCACCAAUGUGAGGGUUUAUGACAGAGGAAACUGUGUUGCAGUAGUCUAGUGUGUGGUGUGGGAAUAAUGACAAGUGAACCUGGGGAGCUUUGCGUUCACAUUGUCCUAAAACAGGGAACCGGAUCGCGGAAUUCAAGCAAACCUCUCGAGAUGGUCUCAGUUCGGUUCGCUUCAGGGGCUCUUUUGAGGGGUCUGAGUUCCUUUUGGAGUGUUCACGCUACACAAAAAAUUAAGCAAACUGCACUGAGAUCACAACAACUGUCUGAAUGGGACCAAUUGUGAACACCAUUAUUUUCACGCUACUUGUUCGGCCUGAAUCUAGCAUAGAGUCAUGGGAUUUGUAGCGCUAUGCUGACGUUGCCUCCCUUCCGAGGCACAUGUUGCUUGGCAACCACCCUGCACUUGCCACUUUUUCCCCUCUGUGGCUAAAGCCAGUGAGAAACAUGCUUGCAUGCUUAUGUGCUAUGAAAUUAAAUAAAUACUGCACUCUGAACCACAAAACGUAUUUGCUAUAUUCAAGAUGGUGUAGUUAGACAAGCAAGGAAAGUAAUUACGUGAUGUAGUUUUAUUGGGAUUUGCAGCUAUUGUUGGUUAGUAAUGCCUCCUGCAACCUUUUAAAACGACUUACUCAACAUUUAACAAUAGUCUCUGCCAAAGGAAUGUGUCUUAAAGGGAGAGUUCACUAUUUAGCAUAUUUUAGCGGUGCUUUGAAAAGCAUGGUGGGUAGAUUUGACAUGAUAGUAAUAUUUCUACUGUAGUGGUGACAUUGCAAUGGUGUGAUUUGAAUUAUACAAUUGAUACGAAAGUAAGCCCUCUUCCUCUGUCUGUCAGGGCCUCUGGACCACAACCUGUUUGUGGAGCCCAUCACAGAGGAGCGAGCAGCACGCACCCUCUACCGUAUCGAGCUACUGCGCAAGGUCAGGGAGCAGGUGCUGCGCCACCCACUGCUGGGCCCGCGGCUGCAGCUGUGUCGGCCCAGCCUCUACCUGCCUGUGUGGUGGGAGUGUGGUAAGCACGACCGCGAUCCUCCUGAUUGGAGCGGCCCGCCAUGGCCUCAGCCGCACUGACUACUACAUCCUCAAUGACCCGCAGCUUUCUUUCCUGGAGGCCCACCGCAACUAUGUCCAGAAGGAGAAUCACCAGGGCUACCAACCCAGUGUGCACCACGCAGGCAUGGCCCCCUCACCGCACCACCACCCCUACUGCCUGUACGAGACGGGCCUCGGCCAAUGCCACUCUCCCCAGCCGCCGGAGUACGGUCACCCAGCCAUCCCCUCCUCGUCGAUCCACGCUCAUUCUCACCCGAACAUCCACGUCCAUGGUCACCCGCCAGAGAUAGUGGGCAUGGACCCCGGUGGCAGGCUAGGUAUGGUGUCCGUGCCCAGGGAGGGCUUCAUGGUUUGCCCCCCUCUGGAUGAGUCAUUGGAGCUGGCUUCACUGCAGCAUGAGGGCCUGGCCUCAGAUUCCCUCCAUUGCAAGUCUGCCAAGGAGGCCUGCAACGGAUUCCCCUUCAACUCAGCGCAGGGCGGUCAGAGCAUGCUCAACUCGUAUGGUGUGCAGGGGGAGCUGAAUGGUGAGCAGUCAGCCGACAUGGACCCUAUCAUCACGGGCAAGCUGCGCAGCGACGUGCUGGUGGGCGAGCAGGGCUCCUCGGAAGAGACUGGCCUUAUGGCCCCCUUGCUGGAACAGGAGCUGCAGGCGCCCUGGGAGAGCACGGACCACGUAGGCACCGCAGAUGUUGUGGGCAUGUUCAAUGAGGCCGACCCCAUCCUGGGGGCACCAGCCCUUGAGACAGAGUUCCUGGACACAGAGGAGCAGCCAGGAGACGGGGGAAGGGAGGACGGAGCAGGGGGAGCGCUUGACGACUGCCUAGGUAUCCCCUCGUCCCGGAGCGACCCAGGGGAGCCGCUGCCUUCCAGUUUCAUACUGUUCAAGAACAUUGGUGUGAGCGAGGAGGAGCCUGCUGAGGAGCACACAAACCUCUCCGCCAGCCCCCCUCCUCCCUACAUCCCCCCUCCGCACCUGUCGCUGUCCCAUAUGACCUUGCACACCCACCACCAGGGUGAUGUCGAGGAGCCAGAGGACAAGCUGAGCGACUCGGACGCCGUCGCCCACAUGCCCAGCCCUGAUGAGAGAGAGGCAGAGAGGGAUGUGUCCUUUGAGUUUGACAAAGAGGAGAUGUCUGGGGACAGUCUGAGUCUGGUGGGGCUGGAGCAGGGCCUGGACGCCUCAGGUAUACCAUGCGAGGACUCUCUCCAAGAGGAGCCCUGCAAUGGGAUGGAGAUGGGCUCUCCAGUGGAGUCAUGUGAUGCGGCUCUAGAGAGGCCAGGGGAAGAGACUUUAGAAUGGAACACACCCUUAGGGCCAGGGAAGGAGGGGCUUCUAGAGGGGCAGUUUGAAGAACCCUUGGAGAUAUCGCCCAUGGAUUCCCAGGAGGAGGGACCAGUGGAGGGGCCUCUGGAAGACUUUUGUGAAGACCCAGCACCAGAAGGACCAUUCGCAGGGCCGUUGGAGGAGCAGUACGACAUAGAACCAGAAGGGGCCUCUGAGGGGCCCGCUGAAGCAGAGAGCACUUUAAGAGAACACACACUCCUCACUGUUGACGCAACAGACUCUCUACCCCCAUCCUCCUCAGGCACCACGCCCCAGCCUGAGCCACCACUGUCCCCACGUGUGGCGGGAGAGGCACAGAUCAAACUGGAGUUCCCUCUGGACCCAGAGAGCUCUGAGAGCAAGUCGGACAUCCUGGAGCCUGACAGCACUGUCCUCACGCCUAAACUGGAGCAGACAGAGGUGCUGCUGGACGUGAAGGACGAGAUCAAGAAGGAGAGGCCCCAAACUCCAGGUAAUGAAGGGAGAGUUUUACAUGCAUCUAAAAUAUUUAUAUGAGUUGGACAAAAAUAAGGUAGUGUGUGUGUGUGUGUGUGUGUGUGUGUGUGUGCGUACAGUUGAAGUCGGAAGUUUACAUACACCUUAGUCAAAUACAUUUAAACUCAGUUUUUUACAAUUCCUGACAUUUAAUCCUAGUAAAAAUGCCCUGUUUUAGGUCAGUUAGGAUUUUAAGGAUGUGAAAUGUCAGAAUAAUAGUAGAGUGAUUUAUUUCAGCUUUUAUUUCUUUCAUCACAUUCCCAGUGGGUCAGAAGUUUACAAACACUCUAAGUAUUUGGUAGCAUUGCCUUUAAAUUGUUUAACUUGGGUCAAACGUUUCGGGUAGCCUUCCACAAGCUUCCCACAAUAAGUUGGGUGAAUUUUGGCCCAUUCCUCCUGAUAGAGCAGGUGUAACUGAGUCAGGUUUGUAGGCCUCCUUGCUCGCACACGCUUUUUCAGUUCUGCCCACAAAUUUUCUAUAGAAUUGUGGUCAGGGCUUUGUGAUGGCCACUCCAAUACCUUGACUUUGUUGUCCUUAAGCCAUUUUGCCACAACUUUGGAAGUAUGCUUGGGGUCAUUGUCCAUUUGGAUGACCCAUUUGCGACCAAGCUUUAACUUCCUGACUGAUGUCUUGAGAUGUUGCUUCAAUAUAUCCACAUAAUUUUCCUUCCUCAUGAUGCCAUCUAUUUUGUGAAGUGCACCAGUCCCUCCUGCAGCAAAGAACCCCGCAGCAUGAUGCUGCCACCACCGAGCUUCAUGGUUGGGAUGGUGUUCUUCGGCUUACAAGCCACCGUCUUUUUCCUCCAAACAUAACGAUGGUCAUUAUGGCCAAAGUUCUAUCAGACCAGAGGACAUUUCUCCAAAAAGUAUGAUAUUUGUCCCCAUGUGCAGUUGCAAACCGUAGUCUGGCUCUUUUAUGGCGGUUUUGGAGCAGUGGCUUCUUCCUUGCUGAGUGGCCUUUCAGGUUCUGUCGAUAUAGGAUUUGUUUUACUGUGGAUAUACAGUGAGGGAAAAAAGUAUUUGAUCCCCUGCUGAUUUUGUAUGUUUGCCCACUGACAAAGAAAUUAUCAGUCUAUAAUUUUAAUGGUAGGUUUAUUUGAACAGUGAGAGACAGAAAAACAAAACAGAAAUCCAGAAAAACGCAUGUCAAAAAUGUUAUAAAUUGAUUUGCAUUUUAAUGAGGGAAAUAAGUAUUUGACCCCCUCUCAAUCGGAAAGAUUUCUGGCUCCCAGGUGUCUUUUAUACAGGUAACGAGCUGAGAUUAGAAGCACACUCUUAAAGGGAGUGCUCCUAAUCUCAGUUUGUUACCUGUAUAAAAGACACAUGUCCACAGAAGCAAUCAAUCAAUCAGAUUCCAAACUCUCCACCAUGGCCAAGACCAAAGAGCUCUCCAAGGAUGUCAGGGGCAAGAUUGUAGACCUACACAAGGCUGGAAUGGGCUACAAGACCAUCGCCAAGCAGCUUGGUGAGAAGAUGACAACAGUUGGUGCGAUUAUUCGCAUAUGGAAGAAACACAAAAUACCUGUCAAUCUCCCUCGGCCUGGGGCUCCAUGCAAGAUCUCACCUCGUGGAGUUGCAAUGAUCAUUAGAACGGUGAGGAAUCAGCCCAGAACUACACGGAAGGAUCUUGUCAAUGAUCUCAAUGCAGCUGGGACCAUAGUCACCAAGAAAACAAUUGGUAACACACUAUGCCGUGAAGGACUGAAAUCCAGCAGUGCCCGCAAGGUCCCCCUGCUCAAGAAAGCACAAAUACAUGCCCGUCUGAAGUUUGCCAAUGAACAUCUGAAUGAUUCAGAGGAGAACUGGGUGAAAGUGUUGUGGUCAGAUGAGACCAAAAUGGAGCUCUUUGGCAUCAUCUCAACUCUACGUGCUUGGAGGAGGCGGAAUGCUGCCUAUGACCCCAAGAACACCAUCCCCACCGUCAAACAUGGAGGUGGAAACAUUAUGCUUUGGUGGUGUUUUUUUGCUAAGUGGACAGGACAACUUCACCGCAUCAAAGGGACGAUGGACGGGGCCAUGUACCGUCAAAUCUUGGGUGAGAACCUCCUUCCCUCAGCCAGGGCAUUGAAAAUGGAUGACAAUGACCCAAACCACACGGCCAAGGCAACAAAGGAGUGGCUCAAGAAGAAGCACAUAAAGGCCCUGGAGUGGCCUAGCCAGUCUCCAGAUCUUAAUCCCAUAGAAAAUCUGUGGAGGGAGCUGAUGGUUCGAGUUGCCAAACGUCAGCCUAGAAACCUUAAUGACUUGGAGAAGAUCUGCAAAGAGGAGUGGGACAAAAUCCCUCCUGAGAUGUGUGCAAACCUGGUGGCCAACUGCAAGAAACGUCUGACCUCUGUGAUUGCCAACAAGGGUUUUGCCACCAAGUACAAAGUCAUGUUUUGCAGAGGGGUCAAAUACUUAUUUCCCUCAUUAAACUGCAAAUCAAUUGAUAACAUUUUUUACAUGCGUUUUUCUGGAUUUGUUUGUUGUUAUUCUGUCCCUCACUGUUCAAAUAAACCUACCAUUAAAAUUAUUGACUGAUCAUUUCUUUGUCAGUGGGCAAACGUACAAAAUCAGCAGGGGAUCAAAUACUUUUUUCCCUCACUGUAGAUACUUUUGUACCUGUUUCCUCCAGCAUCUUCACAAGGUCCUUUGCUGUUGUUCUGGGAUUGAUUAGCACUUUCGCACCAAAGUACGUUCAUCUCUAGGUGACCGAACGCGUCUCCUUCUUGAGCAGUAUGACGGCUGCGUUGUGCAAUGGUGUUUAUGCUUGCGUACUAUUGUUUGUACAGAUGAAUACGGUACCUUCAGGCUCCCAAGGAUGAACCAUACUUUUAGAGAUUUAAAAUAAAAUUCUGAGGUCUUCGCUGAUUUCUUUUGAUUUUCCCAUGAUGUCAAGCAAAGAGACACUGAGUUUGAAGGUAGGCCUUGAAAUACAUCCACAGGUACACCUCCAAUUGACUCAAAUUAUGUCAAUUAGCCUAUCAGAAGCUUCUAAAGCCAUGACAUCAUUUUCUGGAAUUUUCCAAGCUGUUUAAAGGCACAGUCAACUUAGUGUAUGUAAACUUCUGACCCACUGGAAUUGUGAUAGUGAAUUAUAAGUGAAAUAAUCCGUCUGUAAACAAUUGUUGGAAAAAUUACUUGUCUCAUGCACAAAGUAGAUGUCCUAACUGACUUGCCAAAACUAUAGUUUAUUAACAAGACAAUUCUGAAAUGGUUGAAAAACUAGUUUUAAUGACUCCAACCUAAGUGUAUGUAUACUUCUGACUUCAACUUUACUGACUUCAACUUUAUAUGUGAGAUUCUUCAAAGUAGCCACCCUUUUCCUUAAUGACAGCUUUGCACACUCUUGGCAUUCUCUCAACCAGCUUCACCUGGAAUGCUUUUCCAACAGUCUUGAAGGAGUUCCCACAUAUCCUUAGCACUUGUUGGCUGCUUUUCCUUCACUCUGCUGUCCGACUCAUCCCAAACCAUCUCAAUUGGGUUGAGGUCGGGGAUUGUGGAGGCCAGGUCAUCUGAUGCAGCAGUCCAUCACUCUCCUUCUUUGUAAAUUAGUCCUUAAACAGCCUGGAGGUGUGUUGGGUCAUUGUCUUGUUGACAAAUGAUAGUCCCACUAAGCCCAAACCAGAUGGGAUGGCGUAUCGCUGCAGAAUGCUUUACAUUUACAUUUACAUUUUAGUCAUUUAGCAGACGCUCUUAUCCAGAGCGACUUACAGGAGCAAUUAGGGUUAAGUGCCUUGCUCAAGGGCACAUUUACGUCAUUUAGCAGACGCUCUUAUCCAGAGCGACUCACAAAUUGGUGCAUUCACCCUAUAGCCAGUGGGAUAACCACUUUACAAUUUUGGGGGGGGGGGGGGGUAGAAGGAUUACUUUAUCCUAUCCCAGGUAUUCCUUAAAGAGGUGGGGUUUCAAAUGUCUCCGGAAGGUGGUGAGUGACUCCGCUGUCCUGGCGUCGUGAGGGAGCUUGUUCCACCAUUGGGGUGCCAGAGCAGCGAACAGUUUUGACUGGGCUGAGCGGGAACUAUGCUUCCGCAGAGGAAGGGGAGCCAGCAGGCCAGAGGUGGAUGAACGCAAUGCCCUCGUUUGGGUGUAGGGACUGAUCAGAGCCUGAAGGUACGGAGGUGCCGUUCCCCUCACUGCUCCAUAGGCAAGCACCAUGGUCUUGUAACGGAUGCGAGCUUCAACUGGAAGCCAGUGGAAUGUGCGGAGGAGGGGGGUGACGUGAGAGAACUUGGGAAGGUUGAACACCAGACGGGCUGCGGCGUUCUGGAUGAGUUGUAGGGGUUUAAUGGCACAGGCAGGGAUGCCAGCCAACAGCGAGUUGCAGUAAUCCAGACGGGAGAUGACAAGUGCCUGGAAUAGGACCUGUGCCGCUUCCUGUGUAAGGCAGGGUCGUACUCUCCGAAUGUUGUAGAGCAUGAACCUGCAGGAGCGGGUCACCGCCUUGAUGUUAGCGGAGAACGACAGGGUGUUGUCCAGGGUCACGCCAAGGCUCUUCGCACUCUGGGAGGAGGACACAACGGAGUUGUCAACCGUGAUGGCGAGAUCAUGGAACGGGCAGUCCUUCCCCGGGAGGAAGAGCAGCUCCGUCUUGCCAGGGUUCAGCUUGAGGUGGUGAUCCGUCAUCCAUACUGAUAUGUCUGCCAGACAUGCAGAGAUGCAAUUCGCCACCUGGUUAUCAGAAGGGGGAAAGGAGAAGAUUAGUUGUGUAUCGUCAGCGUAGCAAUGAUAGGAGAGGCCAUGUGAGGAUAUGACAGAGCCAAGUGACUUGGUGUAUAGGGAGAAAAGGAGAGGGCCUAGAACUGAGCCCUGGGGGACACCAGUGGUGAGAGCACGUGGUGCGGAGACAGCUUCUCGCCACGCCACUUGGUAGUUGCGACCGGUCAGGUAGGACGCAAUCCAGGAGUGAGCUGCGCCGGAGAUGCCCAGCUCGGAGAGGGUGGAGAGGAGGAUCUGAUGGUUCACAGUAUCAAAGGCAGCAGACAGGUCUAGAAGGACAAGAGCAGAGGAGAGAGAGUUAGCUUUAGCAGUGCGGAGAGCCUCCGUGACACAGAGAAGAGCAGUCUCAGUUGAAUGACCAGUCCUGAAACCUGACUGGUUUGGAUCAAGAAGGUCAUUCUGAGAGAGAUAGCAAGAGAGUUGGCUAAAGACGGCACGCUCAAUAGUUUUGGAAAGAAAAGAAAGAAGGGAUACUGGUCUGUAGUUGUUGACAUCAGUGGGAUCGAGUGUUGGUUUUUUGAGAAGGGGAGCAACUCUCGCUCUCUUGAAGACGGAAGGGACAUGGCCAGCGGUCAAGGAUGAGUUGAUCAGCGAGGUGAGGUAGGGGAGAAGGUCACCGGAGAUGGUCUGGAGAAGAGAGGAGGGGAUGGGGUCAAGCGGGCAGGUUGUUGGGCGGCCUGCAGUCACAAGUCGCAGGAUUUUAUCUGGAGAGAGAGGGGAGAAAGAAGUCAAAGCAUAGGGUAGGGCAGUGUGAGUAGGACCAGCAGUGUCAUUAGACUUAACAAACGAGGAUUGGAUGUCGUCAACCUUCUUUUCAAAGUGGUUGACGAAGUCAUCCACAGAGAGAGAGGAGGGGGGGGGGGGGGGGAGGGGGGGAGGAUUCAGGAGGGAGGAAAAUGUGGCAAAGAGCUUCCUAGGGUUAGAGGCAGAUGCUUGGAAUUUAGAGUGGUAGAAAGUGGCCUUAGCAGCAGAAACAGAUGAAGAAAAUGUAGAGAGGAGGGAGUGAAAAGAUGCCAGGUCGGCAGGGAGUUUAGUUUUCUUCCAUUUCCGCUCCGCUGCCCGGAGCUCUGUUCUGUGAGCUCGCAAUGAGUCAUCAAGCCACGGAGCUGGAGGGGAGGACCGAGCCGGCCGGGAGGAUAGGGGACACAGAGAGUCAAAGGAUGCAGAAAGGGAGGAGAGGAGGGUUGAGGAGGCAGAAUCAGGAGAUUGGAGGGAGAAGGAUUGAGCAGAGGGAAGAGAUGAUAGGAUGGAAGAGGAGAGAGUAGUGGGAGAGAGAGAGCGAAGGUUGCGGCGGCGCAUUACCAUCUGUGUAGGGGCAGAGUGAGUAGUGUUGGAGGAGAGCGAGAGAGAAAAGGAAACAAAGUAGUGGUCGGAGACAUGGAGGGGAGUUGCAGUGAGAUUAGUAGAAGAGCAGCAUCUAGUAAAGAUGAGGUCAAGCGUAUUGCCUGCCUUGUGAGUAGGGGGGGACGGUGAGAGGGUGAGGUCAAAAGAGGAGAGGAGUGGAAAGAAGGAGGCAGAGAGAAAUGAGUCAAAUGUGGACAUAGGGAGGUUGAAAUCCCCCAAAACUGUGAGGGGUGAGCCAUCCUCAGGAAAGGAACUUAUCAAGGCGUCAAGCUCAUUGAUGAACUCUCCAAGGGAACCUGGAGGGCGAUAGAUGACAAGGAUAUUAAGCUUAAAUGGGCUAGUGACUGUGACAGCAUGGAAUUCAAAUGAGGAGAUAGACAGGUGGGUUAGGGGAAAAAUUGCGAAUGUCCACUUGGGAGAGAUGAGGAUUCCUGUGCCACCACCCCUCUGACCAGAUGCUCUCGGGGUAUGCGAGAACACAUGGUCAGACGAGGAGAGAGCAGUAGGAGUAGCAGUGUUUUCAGUGGUAAUCCAUGUUUCCGUCAGCGCCAGGAAGUCGAGGGACUGGAGGUUAGCAUAGGCUGGGAUGAAGUCAGCUUUGUUGGCAGCAGAACGGCAGUUCCAGAGGCUGCCUGAGACCUGGAACUCCAGGUGUGGGGUGCGUGCAGGGACCACCAGGUUAGAGAGGCAGCAGCCACGCGGUGUGAGGCGUUUGUGUAGCCUGUGCAGAGAGGAGAGAACAGGGAUAGGCAGAGGCAUAGUUGACAGGCUGUAGCAAAUGGCUACAAUAAUGCAGAGGAGAUCGGAAUGAAAUGAACUAAACAUCUGGAAGAAGAGAGAGCAGGGCCUCCCUCACCAAAACGUCCACCUCAGAAACUAUAAUUGUUUCACUGAACCACCCGAACAAAAACUCUCCCAACUUCCACCUUUAGAAAUCAGAAUUGUUGUGAACCACAGCGGUUCAAUGUUUAAAGGAGUAGACUCAACCCACUUUAUUCAGCUAGCUAACUAUGACACCAUAGCUAACUAGCAUGCUAGCAUCCAAUAACACACAGUUUAGCACCAACACUUGGUCACAACAAACCACCAAUAGUGUGUUAACACACUAAGCAGAUAAUUCGUGUCCGUGUCUAGUUCCUUUCAUAACGCAGCAAUAAUUAAACGUUGGCUAGCUUAGCACAAAUAUAUUGUAUUUAGCUGCCACAGUACAGCACACAAUGGCUACUAUGUUGACUCUGUUCGAAAAAUGGCUAGCUAGCUAGCUUCGUGCUACACCGAAGACAAUGCCAACCUACAGUAACUACCCACAACAGCCCACGAUGCCUAACUAUGACGCCAUAGCUAACUAGCAUGCUAGCAUCCAAUAACACACAGUUUAGCACCAAUACUUGGUUACAACAAACUACCAAUAGUGUGUUAACACACUAAACAGAUAAUUCGUGUCCGUGUCUAGUUCCUUUCAUAACGCAGCAAAAAUUAAACGUUGGCUAGCUAGCACAUUAACAUUGGAAACAACUCUCCACCGUUGUUAAACGUUACCAGUAGCUACCCGCUAGCUAGCUAGCCUCGUGCUUUCUCCGGGCUCCGCCGUAAACAAUACUUACCUACAAUAAUUACCUACGGAAACCUACGGAAACCUACAAUAACUACCUAAAUAAACUACCUACAAUACCUAACUACAACUACCUACCUACGAUCAAAUGCAUGGUUUAAGCUUUACUCAACACCAUAUAAGAAGCCAAGCUUACCUCAAGCUUACCUCCUGCUAGAGAACACACAACCUCUCCCGACCCUACAUACUAUUCUACUGGCUUUGGUAGCCAUGCUGGUUAAGUGUGCCUUGAAUUCUAAAUAAAUCAGACAGUGUCACCAGCAAAGCACCCCCACACCAUAACACCUCCUAUUCCAUGCUUUACGGUGGGAAAUACACAUGUGGAGAUCAUCUGUUCACCCACACCGCUUCUCACAAUGACACAGGGGUUGGUACCAUAAAUGUCCAAUAUGGACUCCAGACCAAAGGACACAUUUCCACCGGUCUAAUGUCCAUUGCUCAUGUUUCUUGGCCCAAGCAGGUCUCUUCUUCUUAUUGGUGUCCUUUAGUAGUGGUUUCUUUGCAGCAAUUUGACCAUGAAGGCCUGAUUCACACAGUCCCCUCUGAACAGUUGACGUUGAAAUGUGUCUGUGACAUGAACUCUGAAGCAUUUAUAUGGGCUGCAAUUUCUGAGGCUGGUAACUCUAAUGAACUUAUCCUCUGCAGCAGAGGUAACUCUGGGUCUUCCUUUCCUGUGGUGGUCCUACUGAGAGCCAGUUUCAUCAUAGCGCUUGAUGGUUGUUGCGACUGCACUUGAAGAAACUUUCAAAGUUCUUGACAUUUUCCGGAUUGACUGACCUUUGUGUCUUAAAGUAAUGCUGGACUGUCGUUUGUCUUUGCUUAUUUGAGCUGUUCUUGCCAUAAUAUGGACUUGGUCUUUUACCAAACAGGGCUAUCUUCUGUAUACCAACCCUUCCUUGUCACAACACAACUGAUUGACUCAAAGACAUUAAGAAGGAAAUAUAUUCCACAAAUUAACUUUUAACAAAGCACACCUGUUAAUUGAAAUGCAUUCCAGGUGACUACCUCAUGAAGCUGGAGAAUGCCAAGAGAGUGCAAAGCUGUCAUCAAGGCUAAGGGUGGCUACUGUGAAGAAUCUCAAAUAUAAAAUAUAUUUUGAUUUGUUUAACACUUUUUUGGUUACUACAUAAUUCCAUAUGUGUUAUUUCGUAGUUUUGGUGUCUUCACUAUUAUUCUACAAUGUAGAAAAUAUUAAAAAUAAAGAAAAACCCUUGAAUGAGUAGGUGUGUCCAAACUUUUGACUGGUACUGUAUGAAAAUUGGAAAACUCCAGGUAGCCUACAGCUGUUAAGCUGCACUCCAUAUAACAGAAUAAAAUAUGGUUAAAAAUUGCUGUGGUUUUUGGUUUUAGCAGGCUUCAAACAUGUAGCAUUUAAAAUGACCUUUCCAUCACCACCUCCAUAUGCCCUGUAGUUGAGAUGUUGUGUACUGAAUCACUGUCUCUCUCCACAGCCUCUGUGGUGGACAGCUAUGUGGAGGUGGCACAGUUUGCAGCCCCCAUGUCCAUGUGUGAGAUGCCUGACAGUCUGCAGGACACGCGGGAGCCCACCAUCGCCCAGCUGCUGCAGGAAAAAGCCCUCUACUCCUUCUCCGAGUGGCCAAAGGUACGGUACACGGGGAGUUGACCUGCCAACCGCCUUGAAAACUGUUUCUGUUUCAUGUUUGACAAGGGGAAUUGGUUGACAAUAUCGGAUUAGGGUAAAACUAUUUUAUUCCAAAAAUCUGAUUUUCAAACUAAUCCUUAACCAUAUGUCCAUAACCUUAUGUCGAACACUAACCUUUAAAUUAAGACCAAAAAGCAGAUUUUCAUAAUCAUACUUUUGUAUAUAUAGUGUAUGUGGACACCCCUUCAAAUUAGUGGAUUCUGCUAUUUCAGCCACACCCGUUGCUGACAGGUGUAUACAAUUGAGCACACAGCCAUGCAAUCUCCAUAGACAAACAUUGGCAGUAGAAUGGCCUAACUGAAGAGCUCAGUGACUUUCAACGUUGCACCGUCAUCGGAUGCCACCUUUCCAACAAGUCAGUUCGUCAAAUUUCUGCCCUGCUAGAGCUGCCCCGGUCAAUUGUAAGUUAUGUUAUUGUGAAGUGGAAACGUCUAGGAGCAACAACGACUCAGUCGCGAAGUGGUAGGCCACAUAAGCUCACAAAACGGGACCGGCGAGUGGUGAAGCAUGUAGCAUGUAAAAAUUGUCUCUCCUCGGUUGCAACACUCCCUACCGAGUUCCAAACUGCCUCUGGAAGCAACGUCGGCACAAGAACUGUUAGUCGGGUGCUUCAUGAAAUGGGUUUCCAUGGCCGUGCUCAAUGCCAUGCGUCAGCUGGAGUGGUGUAAAGCUCACCGCCAUUAGACGCUGGAGCAGUGGAAAAGCGUUCUCUGGAGUGAAGAAUCACACUUCACCAUCUGGCAGUCCGACGGACGAAUCUGGGUUUGGCGGAUGCCGGUAGAACGCUACCUGUCCAAAUGUUUAGUGCCAACUGUAAAGUUUGGUGGAGGACGAAUAAUAUUCUGGGGCUGUUAUUCAUGGUUCGGGCUAGGCCCCUUAGUUCCAGUGAAGGGAAAUCUUAACGCUACAGCAUACAAUGGCAUUCUAGACAAUUCUGUGCUUCCAGCUUUGUGGCAAUGGUUUGUGGGAUGCCCUUUCGUGUUUCAUCAUGACAAUGCCACCGUGCCCAAACCAAGGUCCAUACAGAAAUGGUUUGUUGAGAUCGGUGUGGAAGAACUUGACUGGCCUGCACAGAGCCUUGACCUUAACCCUAUCAAACACCUUUGGGAUGAAUUGGAACACCGACUGCGAGCCAGGCCUAAUCGCCCAACAUCAGUGCCCGACCUCACUAAUGCUCUUGUGGCUGAAUGGAAGCAAAUCCCUGCAGCAAUGUUCCAAUAUCUAGUGGAAAGCCUUCCCAGAAGAGUGGAGGCUGUUAUAGCAGCAAAGGGGGGACCAACUCCAUGUUAAUGCCCAUGAUUUUGGAAUGAGAUGUUCGACGAGCAGGUGUCCACAUACAUUUGCUCAUGUAGUGUACAUUUUCACGAUAUAGCCAAUUUUGACUUUGCAGCUAGGCCAUAUACUGGGAACCAGGGCAAUGAUGCGUGGGGCUUUUUUGUGCACCUUUGCGUUGCAGGAUCGGGUGAUCAUCAACCGCCUGGACAGCAUCUGUCACGCCAUCUUGAAAGGGAAGUGGCCCUCUUCCAUCCAGCAGUAUGACUCUCCCAGCUCUCUGGAAAACACCUAUGUGCCCAACAGUGUGCACCAGAGUGCUGGCGUCAUCUCAGCCAGGGUACAGCCAUCCCAGAGGCUUAACUUCAACAUCCCAGCCCCGCCUGUCACCCGCCUGCCCAAGGUGACAAGUGCAUGUUCAUCUUCUGUCCCUUUCUCACGUCAUAAUUCAUAACCAUCGUUGUUGAAAUCCUUAUUUUCUGACGUUUUUGUGGAUAUUCGCCAGUCUAUUGUCAGUAUUCAUUGUUAAUAUUUUUCCAUUCUUCUUCCAUUUCCAUCCUGUUCAGUACAAGUCAAGAAAUGCCGGGGAAUGCAGCCGGGGAGGCUGGAGGUUGACAUCCUUGCCUCUCUUGCAGGAGAGGUUGGUGGCGCCGCCCUAUCUGCCCGAACUAAAGCGGGGUAGGCGUGCGUUUGAGUACGAGGCAGAGGUGGUCAGUAAGCAGUACCACACAGGGGAGAAGAUGCCCGUAACUCUGUCGAACAGAGGCGGGGCACUGCUGCUCAACGGCUGGCAGGAGGCGGCCAUGGACCUCUCCAAGGCCGGGGAUCUGGGUAUUGGGGGCGAAGCGGCAGCCACUGUAGGCCACAUGAGCAACCAGGACCACCCCGGUGCCCAAAAACUGCCCGCCAUGGGGGCCAUGCAGAGUGCCAUGCAGGGUUCGGUGGGGAUGGACAUGGCCGGGAUCCUGCAGGCAGGUCUCAUCCACCCCGUCACUGGCCAAAUCGUCAACGGCAACCUGAGGUGUGACGACGCCAUCAUGCGCCGGAGGAGAGGCAGACGGAGAAAUGUGGAGGCGGUUGACAUCGGGUUCGUCAAGAGCAGAGGAAUGCAUGUGCCGGAACAACAGGUUUGUCAAGUCAAAACUCCUUUUGGUUUUGUGAACAGCAAAAGGGCCAGCUUAAUGGUACUAGUUUUCUGCACCUCCUGGUUUUGAUGAUAAUUACUGUGGACCUGUCCCCCCACCAAGUUCAGGGUGAAGGACAGUAAAGUGAACUUGUGGUUUGGUGCUUGGAGGCAAUUGGUAUGCAAGGUUGUACAAUAGCGUAUCACUAGUAGUGUUGUCACGAUACCAGGUUUAGUAUCACAAUACUCAAUACCAUCACAAUACUCGAUAUCAAAACGAUACCACUGCAAAAAAAGGUGUAUUAGCCAAAGUCACAGAAUGGCACUUGAUCCAGACAGAUAAACUCAGCUACUGCUCUGUUCAAUCGUUGGACGUCUUUUGAGUUAUGAAAUGUCACUUCUGACACCAAUGUAAUGAAACAGGCAGGGGGUGUGGCACGAACCCUCAACCUUCUGGCCGGUAGCCCAGCGGAAAUCGACUGUGCCACAAAAGCAUGCUCCAGUGGCAGAGUCGAUAUCCGCGCUUAUAAGCCAGGGUCGCUACAUUAUCUUUGGACUUGAGGGAGAGACGAUUGUGAAUUAAUUACGUUUUUGGUGACAAUAAGCUUUGAAAUCAGCAUAUUUUGCGUUUUAUUUUUAUUAUACUAGGAUUUUGAAUUGAUGUCAGUUCAGCUGUAACUUGCACAGAAAGAUAGCCUACAAAGCUGGAAGCUACCAGUAUCUUUUAGUUUUAAAAUUAUUCAAGUGUGUUAACUUCUGUGCAGCAUGAGUGGAGAGCUAACCUGUUGCAGCCAAGACACUCUCAGUGCUCUAGCAAUGAGUAAGUGGAGCAGGCAAGAGGCACGCUGUGCUCGUGGGACAUUGGCUGCAAUGAUAGACAAACUUGAUCCUCUCAAUCAGUAUGCGACGUGAGACACAAUUGACAGAAGUACCGAAGUAAAAAAAGAUAAUCUAGUACCGAACCAUUUUUAAUGUUCUAGUAUCGAAAAAGUACAGAGUUUCGUUAUACCGUGCAACACUAAUCACUAGCGCUUCAUACUAGAGUUGAGUUGGGAAUCAAAGACACCUGUUUGUUUCCCUGUGUUUUUUCCUCUACAGGGCAGGGUAGAUUCUGCAGUGUCGUCCACCUCCUCCCCACCGGAGCGGCCCCCGGGAACCUCCACCCCCACCCAGUCAGAGGUGGUGGCCAUCGACAGAGAGGCUGCCAACAAGAGCUUGAUGGAAUGGCUGCGACAGAAUCCCAACUACAACAUGGAGGUGCCCACUUUCGCACCGGUGAGUUGAUCCUCCAUGCACAUUCAUCUUAUCCAUUGUCCAAAUUCCCUUUUCUUUUGUGAAAUCCCAGUUGGAGGAUUCCCUCUCCAUUGGAGGAUUCCUGGAAUCAAGAGGGAAUAAGCAGGAGGGAACUGGGAUUUCUGAAAAACUUGUUAACUUUGAGAACGUUUCUGUUAAGAGGGUUCAACUCACCAGCUGAUUUUAUAGUAAGGUUUUAUAGUAAGUGAAUAUCAUUUGGAGUAGUGUGCUUUUCUUGCCAAAUCUUGGGUUUCAGUCUCCUGGCGCAGCGAUUUUGCACAGCUUUGUGGAGCGGCCCAAGCAGCGGCGGCAUCGCUGCAAAGACCCAACCAAGCUGGACGUCAACUCCCUAACAGGGGAGGAGAGGGUCCCCGUGGUUCAUAGGGGCACUGGCCGUAGGGUAACUAUUUUGACUCAAACACACACACACACACCAACACUGAUGCACAAGCACUGAACACUGAAGCACACUGAUAUUAACCAUCCCAAAAUUCUUAUGAGAGUAAAGUACCUGUCGGAUAAAAAAAAACUCACGAGAGGCCUGAUGGAAACAGCAAAUUGUGGCUAAACUUUCCUAUUUUUCAUAAACAAAAUACGUUCGACGGGUGGAUAAUUUUUUUGUCGGUGAAAUAGAUACAGUGGGGAGAACAAGUAUUUGAUACACUGCCAAAUUUGCAGGUUUUCCUACUUACAAAGCAUGUAGAGGUCUGUAAUUUUUAUCAUAGGUACACUUCAACUGUGAGAGACGGAAUCUAAAACAAAAAUCCAGAAAAUCACAUUGUAUGAUUUUUAAGUAAUUAAUUUGCAUUUUAUUGCAUGACAUAAGUAUUUGAUACACCAGAAAAGCAGAACUUAAUAUUUGGUACAGAAACCUUUGUUUGCAAUUACAGAGAUCAUAUGUUUCCUGUAGGUCUUGACCAGGUUUGCACACACUCCAGCAGGGAUUUUGUCCCACUCCUCCAUACAGACCUUCUCCAGAUCCUUCAGGUUUCAGGGCUGUCGCUGGGCAAUACGUACUUUCAGGUCCCUCCAAAGAUUUUCUAUUGGGUUCAGGUCUGGAGACUGGCUAGGCCACUCCAGGACCUUGAGAUGCUUCUUACGGAGCCACUCCUUAGUUGCCCUGGCUGUGUGUUUCGGGUCGUUGUCAUGCUGGAAGACCCAGCCACAAUCCAUCUUCAAUGCUCUUACUGAGGGAAGGAGGUUGUUGGCCAAGAUCUCGCGAUACAUGGCCCCAUCCAUCCUCCCCUCAAUACGGUGCAGUCGUCCUGUCCCCUUUGCAGAAAAGCAUCCCCAAAGAAUGAUGUUUCCACCGCCAUGCUUCACGGUUGGGAUGGUGUUCUUGGGGUUGUACUCAUCCUUCUUCUUCCUCCAAACACGGCGAGUGGAGUUUAGACCAAAAAGCUAUAUUUUUGUCUCAUCAGACCACAUGACCUUCUCCCAUUCCUCCUCUGGAUCAUCCAGAUGGUCAUUGGCAAACUUCAGACGGGCCUGGACAUGCGCUGGCUUUGCAGGGGGACCUUGCGUGCGCUGUAGGAUUUUAAUCCAUGACGGCAUAGUGUGUUACUAAUGGUUUUCUUUGAGACUGUGGUCCCAGCUCUCUUCAGGUCAUUGACCAGGUCCUGCCGUGUAGUUCUGGGCUGAUCCCUCACCUUCCUCAUGAUCAUUGAUGCCCCACGAGGUGAGAUCUUGCAUGGAGCCCCAGACCGAGGGUGAUUGACCGUCAUCUUGAACUUUUUCCAUUUUCUAAUAAUUGCGCCAACAGUUGUUGCCUUCUCACCAAGCUGCUUGCCUAUUGUCCUGUAACCCAUCCAAGCCUUGUGCAGGUCUACAAUUUUAUCCCUGAUGUCCUUACACAGCUCUCUGGUCUUGGCCAUUGUGGAGAGGUUGGAGUCUGUUUGAUUGAGAGUGUGGACAGGUGUCUUUUAUACAGGUGACGAGUUCAAACAGGUGCAGUUAAUACAGGUAAUGAGUGGAGAACAGGAGGGCUUCUUAAAGAAAAACUAACAGGUCUGUGAGAGCCGGAAUUCUUACUGGUUGGUAGGUGAUCAAAUACUUAUGUCAUGCAAUAAAAUGCAAAUUAAUUACUUAAAAAUCAUACAAUGUGAUCUUAUGGAUUUUUGUUUUAGAUUCCAUCUCUCACAGUUGAAGUGUACCUAUGAUUAAAAUUACAGACCUCUACAUGCUUUGUAAGUAGGAAAACCUGCAAAAUCGGCAGUGUAUCAAAUACUUGUUCUCCCCACUGUAUGUGACAAAUGGCGGUGGAUACACUUUUUUGCGCAAUUGUUGAUAGAAUAACCAUCAUGUCACAGUAAACUUGCAGUCAUGCGACGCUUUGUUGUGCGGUCCUCCCACAACAACUUGGAAAAGCAUGCACAGUUUAUUAGGCUACAGAUGAAAUAGGUUAUCAAAUCAAAGUUUAUUGGUCGCAUACACCAUUUAGUAGAUGUUAUAGCGGGUGCAGCAAAAUGCUUAUGUUACUAGCUCCUAACAAUGCAGUAUGAUGAACUUAACAGGGUGGUGAAAGUGCAUGCUGAGCUUGAUGCUAAUUUCAAAUGAAGUUUGAGGGUCAUAAUUUGUAUGCUGGUGACAAUGAGGAUCGGAGUUUGGCUGCCAGUUGACAAAUAAAUAUUAUCUUGCUCUUAUCAAUAAUCUCAUCACCCACUGCACUGUACCCUGUCUGCGAGCUGUUGGCUACACCAGACCAGAGUGUGCAUUUGCUGUUUAUCGCAAUACUUUUUGUGGCAAAACCAUCGACAGAGGUAAAAAUGGGGAUGGAAACACAUUAGAGGUUCUAUUUUUUUAUUGGGUAAAUCAAAAAGUUAUACAACAGAGUUUUUUAUGUGCACGUUGUCAUUACACAGAGCUUUUUUUAUUCACAAAAACACAGUUUGAUGGAAACACAGCUGCCGUUAAAAUAUGCAUAUUUUUUUUGCAAAUACUACAAUAUUCGUUUAAAUCUUUCGACAGAUGUAUUUUUACCUAGCUACUGGCAUUUCUUUAUCCAUGGUUAACAGGUGAAUGAAGACACUUCUCCCCACCCAACUGUGCUCCUUCACAUUGAUUGAAUACACUCCUUUGAUAAGACAUAGCAUAACAAAAUGUGCAUUAAAUGUAAUAAAUGUUUGACAUGCUUUGACAAGAUAACAGCCUGAAUUAUACACAUAUGCAUCAUUUAUAUUUAUGGUAUGUGUGUGUGUGUGUACAACAACUCAUUGAGGGCUGUAUUUUUCUGUGCUGUAGCUUGGGGGUGCUAUGGCUCCAGCAAUCAAGGAGCUUUCCCGAUGGCUGGAUGCGAAUACUGAGUACUGCGUGGCACCCGACUGGGCAGAUGUCGUGAAACACUCUGUGAGUAGCAUGGCAUUUUCACUCUCUCUCAUCCACAUAAAUGUCCCAUCAAAUAGUUUCAUUAGAAUGCUUCCAUUUUUAAUUAGGCAUUUAAUCAUCUUGAAUAGUGCAGUUGUCAGAACCUACUGCCUCACAAAGACUACAGAUGUCAUUCAAAUCCCUUACUGCAUUUUCCUCAAGCUAAUGCCUUGCGUUUCCAGGGCUUUCUUCCCGAGGGCAAGUUCACCCGCAUCCUCACUGAGCCCGUGUGCCGCGACCAGGGGCCCCGCCGACGGGGCCGUCGUCCCCGCGGCGAAAUGCCCAAGCCCCUCCUCUCUGAGUCGCCUAUGGGCCCGCUCUUUAUGAACGGCGGCCUGAUCGGUAGCAUGGACCUGGUCAGCCUCCAGAACCUUCACAAUGUCCAGGGCAUCCCACUCACAGGCUUGAUGGGAUUCCCCCAUGGCUUUGCUGUGUCUGCCGGCGAGGACGCAAAGAAUGGCCUGAGCAUGCUGCCCAUGAUGCUCCACGGCAUACACGGCGCCCCCCACAUGUUCAGCGUUCAGGGACUGAAGGGGCAGCCGCCCACCUGCUCCGCUACCACCACCUCCUCCUUGGCUGCAGUUACCACCACUACGGCCUCCUCCUCAGCGGCCAGUAGCCCCUCCCGAGGCCCCAGCCAGGCAUCUUCGAGCACAGGGGCCGAGGGCUCCGGCAUUCAGCCUGGCACAGAGAGAAAGAGGGAGGACAAGCAGCAAGGUGCGAUGGGCAGCCACAGCAUCGCGGCCAUCACCACCACCGCGGCGACCAGCAGCAGCAGUGGCGUCGGCAGUAGCAGUGGCAGCCACCUGGCCUUCAACCCUUUCCUCGUUCCGGGGAUGUCCCAUGGACUGCUGUACCCUCACAUGUUCCUCCCGCACGGGGGCAUCAUGGCGCUGCCAGGCAUGCCGCCUGCAGACUCCUCCGGCAGCCCAAAGAGGAAGAAAAGAACAAGGGAGGAAGGGGUGGUGGUGGUGGAGGAGGCAGGCAGACACAGCCACUUACAGACGGACAGUGGGCCUCCGAAAAAACCCAGUGAUGGCCAGACUGGGGAGAGCACGGCUGACCAGGCCGGGCCGGAGGCAAGGGAGCAGAUGGAGGACAACAUUCAGCAGGAGGGCACGGGACACGACUCCCAUGAUCCUCCAGAGGUAAACCCCAAGAAGAGCGUUGAAGAGGAGAGAGGAUCGGAGGAGAAUAGCGUGAUUGAGGAGGAAAAACUGCCUGAGGAGGAGAGAGAGUCAAGGGGGGCAGAGGAUUCACAAUAG